AUGACCAACUGUUGCAAAGGUGAUAAGUUCCAUAACAGGUAGGUGGUAUUUGGAUAUAUGCUUCUGUUGGAUAAUGCCUGGAUCAGAACAUAGACAUGUUUUUUUAUGACUGCACAAUUCAAGAGUUGUUCCUUAUAUUUUCAGAAAGUGUGGUGGGGAAGAAGAAGAAGAAGAAGAAGAAGAAGAAGAAGAAGAAGAAGAAGAGGAGUUUGGAUUUGAUAUCCCACCUUUCACUCCCCUUCAGGAGUCUCAAAGCGGCUAACAAUCUCCUUUUCCCUUCCUCCCCCACAACAAACACUCUGUGAGGUGAGUGGGGCUGAGAGACUUCAGAGAAGUGUGACUAGCCCAAGGUCACCCAGCAGCUGCAUGUGGAGGAGCGGAGACGCGAACCUGGUUCCCCAGAUUACGUGACUACCGCUCUUAACCACUACACCUACUGACUCUCAAAGUGACCACAUUUCUUAUGCAAUCUUUUUUAAAUAAUCCAGUCACUAACUUCAUUUUAAUUGUUCUUUUUAAAACUUCUCAGUGUCCAGAUGCAUUCUUUAGUCUGGGAAAACUUCCAGUCCUGUAAUUAAAAGAUGUGAGAUAUUUUAACAGGCCCUCCAAGAGAGAGUGUAAAUUCACAGCAGCCGUUUUGGCAUACCUGUACUUUUGUUGCUGCUGCUGUUGCUGAGAUCCCAUAAUAAGCAGGGCUCUCAUAUGUACAAAGAGCUCCACAUGAACAACAGUGCCCUGCGCACUUCUAUAUCAGUGGUUGUUCCAUUUGUACAUCUCCUAAACCUUAACCUUAAUGGCGCACACGCACAAGUUUUGUGUGUGUGUGUGGAGUUUGUGACAUACUUCCUAAGCCCUGCAAAUGGUUGUAAUGACCUUCUUUUGUUCGAUCCCACAUCCUCCAAUGGGAAGGAAAUAAAAAUUUCACCUCUCGAAUUGAGGCAGUUUCUGGCUCUUUCUUUUUGUGGGGCAAGGGGGGUGGGUGUCAUGGAAACGAAGGCAUCUAGGAUCCUGUGGAUACCCAAAAGACUGGUCACUCUAGGCCACUGACACACCUCCUUGCCCCAUGCUCUUUCUUGCUAGCGGUGAACCACUGAGUGGUUCCACCACAUAGUGGUGGAAAACUCUGACAGGAAGACCUCCAUCAACAAACUUCCCUUCCUGUACUGUAGAUAGACCUACAUAGAAUGAGGCCUUCAGUAUUCCAUGAUGCCCUCCAAGGGAUUACCCCAGUCCUUGUUUAAGCAUAUUAAAUGUAUAGUAUAUACCACAGAAAAUCAACAAUUUUCAAUAAGAUGCAUCCAUCAAUUAUUUAUUUAUUACAUUUUAUUCCCGCUCUUCCUCCAAGCUGCUCAGGUAGGGCACAUCAUUCUUACUGCACCCAUUGUAGCCUCGCCACAGCCCUUUAGGCUGUUUUGUUAGGCUGACAGGUAGUGACUGGCCCAAGCUUCAUAGCUGAGUGGAGAUUUGAACCAGAUUCUGUCUAGUCCGAGUCUGAUACUUAGCACUAGCUCUGAAUUUCAUCUGUAACAAUACAAAUUCUAACCAAACAUUGCAAUAGUUGGAGAAGUGUGCAACAUGGUAGAUAGCCAAGUUCUGGUCCACACAGUGGUUUAAGAGGUGCAAAACUUGCCAUUUCAUAUUGAAAUUCGCAAGCAUCCCUUGCUACAGUCUUUCUGCUGCUAGUAAAUUUCUGAUCUUUGCCUCAAGAGACAAGAUCUUUGUCUUCUCCAUUUCAGCAAAACGCUCACCAUAUCAAGUGUCUUGUUGGAGUGAAAACCUACUCAGAUAUGCCAAUAGUCCUUUCACUGGCCAAAUUAUAUGUGAGGGAUAAGUGGCUCAAAAACACACCCACAUCAAAAUCACCAUACUAUGCAGAGUUUACAUGUUGGGAAAUGUCUAGCCAUGUUCAUAUUCAGGGAGAUUUUGGCAUGUGGUUGGUUUCAACCCAAUCCUGUGAAUACUGACAUGGUACAGGUUCCCAUCAGUAGCAAUACAUUCAAAUCAAAUCCCCCAGAGUCAGAGAGGUUUGUUUUUGUUGUACUCUGGGCUGGUACUUGUUGUUGUUGUUGUUUAGUUGUUUAGUUGUGUCCGACUCUUCAUGACCCCAUGGACCAGAGCACGCCAGGCACUCCUGUCUUCCAUUGCCUCCCACAGUUUGGUCAAACUCAUGUUCCUAGCUUCAAGAACUCUGUCCAACCACCUUGUCCUCUGUCAUCCCCUUCUCCUUGUGCCCUCAAUCUUUCCCAACACCAGGGUCUUUUCCAUGGAGUCUUAUCUUCUCAUGAGGUGGCCAAAGUAUUGGAGCCUCAGUUUAACAAUCUGUCCUUCCAGUGAGCACUCAGGGCUGAUUUCCUUAAGAAUGGAUAGGUUUGGUUUUCUUGCAGUCCAUGGGACUCUCAAGAGUCUCAUCCAGCACCAUAAUUCAAAAGCAUCAAUUCUUCGGCGAUCAGUCUUCUUUAUGGUCCAGCUCUCACUUCCAUACAUCACUACUGGGAAAACCAUGGCUUUAACUAUACGGACCUUUGAUGGCAAGGUGAUGUCUCUGCUUUUUAAGAUGCUGUCUAGGUUGGGCUGGUACUUAGCUCCCCACAAAUGCCUGGCCAUAUACAUCAAUAGAUGUGACAAAUUUCCAGUUUUUGAGAGCAAUCCUAACACCUCCUUAGAUGUUGAAGAAUGGGGAUUGGCGAAGAAGUGUAGGAUUGUGCAUACUGGCCCUUCCUCCAGUCUCUGUUGGCACUGCCAUUUGAGGGCACUCUGCCAUAGUACUGGUCCGAGUUUCUCCCUGAUGGCCGGAACAUAAGAAGAGUUUGCUGCAUCAAAGCAAUGGCCUAUCUAUUCGAGCCUCUUGUUUUCACCAUGGCCAACCAGAUACCUAUGGGAUGCACACAAGGAGGUCUUGAGAAAAACAGUCUCUUCACUUGUGAUUCCCAGCGACUGGUAUUUAGCAGCUCUGAAAAUGAGGCAUCUGGGGGCAGGGAACUGGUGGGUUUGGAUCCCCCUGGACCCCCAUCCCUGCAGAUCAUGGCAAUCACCCAGCGCUUGAGCUCCUUGCCUACACCAGCUGUGAAAUUGCAAUAAACUUUGCCUCACCUUCCAAUGUGUUGAGCUGUCAAGAAGAUCAGAAGAUCUGCCACAUCACACACACGUGUCCCUCUGAUCUGAAAUGGCUAAACAAGAAUGAACAGAAGAGACUAAGGCAGUUUCAUGAAAACUGAAUAGUAAAUACAUGCGAGCCACUAAAGCAGGUUAAUAUAAUGUGAAAUACAGAAAGAUCAUUUAACUAAAUCAGGGCAAGCCUCCUGACCAUGUCCAUAUGUUAUACUUAGGCAGACCACGGCCAUUACGGAUCCUCAGGGCAUUUCUCUAUUAACCUCUUUCUAUGCUGAGAAUUAGCCAUUUGUACUCAUCCUCUCUUCCCUCUGUAUUUUUAACCACUUUUUAAAUCCAUGGUGCAGACAUUUUACCUUUUACCCUGUGGUUCCUGAGUUCCUGUAAUAACGUUUUGUGAUAGAUUUUUAUCAGGAGCCUUUGAAAAGUAUAAAUAAUUUGCUCAAAUUGCACUCUACAUGUUUUUAUCUUUUACAGAAUGUGAACGGGUUAGGCACAGCUUUUAUUUUCCUCGUGGAAAUUUUGCUGGUUUUUACCAAUUCUCUUGUAAUCUUCUAGGAGCUAUAACUCUCCCUUAGUUAUGUCUUUGAGCAAUAAGAAAUAUAUCUCCUAGGUUUAAACUUAAGAACCUUUUCUGGUAGUGGCAUCUAAAUAUCAUGCUCAGCAACCCUUGUAGACUUUUAAAAGUUAUUAUGUUGGAUAAUGGAAAAUUUGAGGACACAAGGUAAAUGGGAAAAUAGCUGGAGGACAUUUGAUGCUUCUAAAUUGUUACAAAGAAGCAGAUCUCAUUCUGGUGUAUAUCUGGAUGAGGAAGAAAAGUACCAUGAAAGUCAGUUGAGAUUCCUAAUUUUUAAAUGGUACACACACACAGAGAAAGAGGGAGGGGAAAAGAGAUUUUGUGACACCAACAUGUAACUUUGUUAGCUACUAAAAAGCUUAUACCAGGCAUAGGCAAACUCUGGCCCUCCAGAUGUUUGGGACUACAAUUCCCAUCAUCCCUAGCUAACAGGAGGAGUGGUCAGGAAUUAUGGGAAUUGUAGUCCCAAACAUCUGGAGGACCAGAGUUUGCCUAUGCCUGGCUUAUACAUUUUCUCUGGAAUGCAUAUACCAAUGAUGGCCAAACUCGGCCCUCCAGCUGUUUUGGAACUACAGUUCCCAUCAUCCCUGACCACUGGUCCUGUUAGCUAGGGAUGGUGGGAGUUGUAGUCCCAAAACAGCUGGAGGGCCAAGUUUGGCCAUCACUGGCAUAUACUGUCAUAGAUCUGAGGUCCAGAGUCAGUUAGUGAAUGGUAGAAAUUAACAAAUGUUGGUAUUUAGAUAGCAUUUGGGAUAUGGAAGGAGAAUGCAAGCUGCAGAACUGUGCCAGGCAAUAAAUUCCUGGGUUGCCAAAGCAAUGUCAUGGGGAAAAAUGUAUCCUUUUUGAAAUCUAAAGGUGUUCUGGGAACAAGAAGGAGGAGGUAGGCAGACCAUUGUAGUGCUGGCUGGAGGAGGCUGCACCAAGGGACCGGGAAUUGGCAUUGGAGCCAAGUUUGCUGAAGCUCUGAGAGGGUCAAUGAGAGACACUCUUGGGGUAUAAUGUUCUGCGCCCCCUCCACUCUCCACAUUUGUGACUCCCAGCAACACCCGUGCUCCUUCCAACAGUGGAGGGAGAAUAGCUGGGCCUGGCUACUGGCCAUUGAUAACCAUGUCCCCCAUGAAUUUGUCUAAUCCUUUUUUAAAAAGCCACCUAAGAUGGUAGCCAUCACCACCUCUUGUAUUCAAAGAACAUUGGUUGCAAUACUAGUCUUAAUGAAUGAAUGGUGUCCUGCAAGAUGAAUGGACUCCUAAGACCACAUUCCUCCAAUAUAUAAUCACCCGAGAUAAAUUCCCAUUGAACUCAAUGCAGGUUUCUUCUGACCUGACAUGUUUAUGUUAGCUUUGUAGUUGCCCAUCUUUCGAGAAGCUUUGCAUCAUAUGCUUUUCCAGGUGAGUUAUUUGUUUCCUGUGGCAUAUGUUCACAGUUCACGGCCGGUGAACACUGCUGGUGCUUGAAUGAUGGAGCCAAAGCUCUCCAAGAGAAUGCUAAGCAGUUAAACGAAGGAGAAAAUGAAUAAUUCCUUGCCUCUGUGCUCCGAUGUUUAAGUUCCUUCCCAGAGACAAAUGUCAACAUCAGAGAAACAUGGUAACACAGUUCUACCAUUGUAUAUAUUUAUGGUGCAUAAGUGCAACAGCACAACCUGGUGGUAUCUGAUUAUCAUGUAUCAAUAAGGGGAACAUGUCUUUUUAAUUUAUUAGCAACUAUUUGUUUGCAGCUGGCAGAAAAGAACUGCUUUUAAUUAAAUCGGUUGUAGGACACUGGGCUACCCCAGGCUUCAUUGGGAGUCCGAACAUCAUGCAGGAGAAUUGUGGGGGUGUGGGUGUGUGUUUUCUCAUUUCUUUUUAAGAUAGUGUGUCCGCUGAACAAUGUUGAGUUUGAUUAAAUAGACCUCAUCCUUCUUAAAUGAUCCAUAGACUUGUAGCUGUAGCUGUGGCCAAUUGCAUUCUGUGUUUGGGGGACUGGAUGUGUUUGGAGCUCUGCUUUGUUCCAAUCAAUCUGCCAGAGGCAGCUGGCUACCAUGAAAAUGCUGCAAUAAGUUAUAAAAUACACUAAGGGGUAAAAAUGUUCAAAGUGGUUGGGGGGCGGGGGAAGCACCAGUUUAUCUUGCUAGAUUCUAUAUGUCAUAAUGAAACGGAAGACGAGCAGUUUGCAUAGGCUAAAAAAUAUUCAAACAGAACAAAAAAUAAAUAUGUUUCCCCCCUCCCCUUUCUUCUGCUUUUUUGGGGUAUCUGCCAGGUCUUGGACUGUGUUUUUGGAAUGGAACAAUGGAAAGAAAUGGGGCUCUGAAGGGAUUUUCAAAAACAAUUAACUGAAUUUUCUAUUUUGCUUGGUGUUAGAGGACUUGUGUGGUUGAUCGAGAUGCACCUGCAAGCAGCGUGGUGGUAGCUGAGAGAAAUGUGUGCCAGCUGUUUCUUUUUUCUUCAUAAAACCACUGAGCCUCCUGGGCUUGCCAAUCGGAAGGUUGGCAGUUUGAAUCCUCUUGACGGGGUAAGCUCCAUUGCUCUGUCCCAGCUCCUGCCCACACAACAGUUCAAAAGCACACCAGAGCAAGUAGAUAAAUAAGUACCACUGUGGCGGGAAGGUAAAUGGCAUAUCCGUGUGCUCUGGCUUCCAUCACGGUGUUGCGUUGCACCAGAAGUGGUUUAGCCACGCUGGCCACAUGACCCGGAAAGCUGUCUGAUGGCAAACGCCAGUUCCCUCGGCCUGAAACAAGAUGAGCACCGCACCCCACAGUUGCCUUUGACUGGACUUAACCAUCCUGGGGUAUUUUACUUUCUCUUUGUUUAACCUUCUUCUUCUUCUUCUUUUUUAUUUCCAGUAUAGCUGCUAGCUGCUAGUAAUGCUACAUGAUACUGAAUGCAAGGUGGUGUCAGGGACUGGGCCAAGGAGGAAUGGUGGAGUCUACCUCCCCAACUUGACCCUUCCAGGGAGGAGGAAGAGAAAGACAGUUUAGAUUUACAGUGGGGCUUGAGGAAGGUCAUAGCUCAGAGGAAGAUGAGGGGGAAAGUUGAGAAAUAAUGGGAGAGGAAGAGGAGGAGGAAGCACCAGGGGGCCGACAGCUAAUGGACAAAAUGUAUUUAGAAUAAGGUUACCAGAUGUCCCCGUUUCCCGGGGACAGUCCCCAGAUUUACAAAUCAGUCCUCAUACAAAAUCCAUUGAAGUUGAAAAAUGUUCCUGGAUUCAUUGAAAAAAAUCUGGUAACCUUAAUUUAGAAAGCAUUCCAGAUCCCACCCACUCCCAGAACCCAACGAGUCUUGAAAGUAGGAGAGCGAAGAGCUCAAAGACAGAGGGCAUGUAGCAGCACCCAUAGGAGAGACGACGACAAUCAUGAAUGAGGAAGAGGGAGAGAUGGGGCGGGGUGGACAACACCAUUAUGUAUGGGUUCUAUAGCCUCUCUCUGUAAAUACUGGAUAAAAAGUGGACGGUAAGAAACAUUCUCUUUUCUUUGUAUGUUCCUGGGCAACCAGCCGGGAGUCGUUGGCAGUAGCCUGACAGGUGGGGUGGGAGGAGGUUUUCGGCCCCAACAGCUAUGUUGGAAUCAGGGCAAGGCCAGAGAAUAUUGUGACAGUGCUCUUUCUGAGAAUGGUAGGGGGAACAGGAUCAAGCAAAAUUAUUUGCCUGUUGCAACAUUUGUAUGCAUUUACUCAGCAAUCAUGAUUUAGGACAAUGGGGUUUUCCUCUGUGCAUUUGUGUGUUCCAGGAGCUUGUUCUACAUUGGGCCCCAUCUCCCCUGUACAUUUAAGUGGUAUCAUACCAAUAUAUACCAUAUAUAGUUCCCCUGCACACAAACAAAAUCCUGUGAAGUGUAGAAGAAGAAGAAGAAGAAGAAGAAUUUGGAUUUGAUAUCCUGCUUUAUCACUACCCGACAGAGUUUCAAAGCAGCUAACAUUCUCCUUUCCCUUCCUCCCCUACAACAAACACUCUGUGAGGUGAGUGGGGCUGAGAGACUUCAAAGAAGUGUGACUAGCCCAAGGUCACUCAGCAACUGCAUGUGGAGGAGCGGGGACAUGAACCCAGUUCAUCAGAUUACGAGACUACUGCUCUCAACCUCUACACCACACUGGUGUAGCUUGUUUACAGUACUGAGAGUUGCUAGGAGAGCCCUGUUCCCUCCCACAGAGCUGCAUGAGAGCAUCAUCUGAGUGGAGAUCCACUAGGACAAUUCUAGUGGUGGAGGGCAAUAACACACCCCAGUGCCCACCACAACCAUUGGCUUGGGAUACUAUGCAGAACAGUGUGGGAAGUGGCUGUGGAGACUGGAGAAGUAAAAGAGAAUCAACAAAAGUCACCUCUGCUCUCUGCCGGUACAGCCUCUCCACUAGAUCAAAAGCCUUGCAUGGAUGGAAGGUUUCUUUCUGUCUGUGGACGGUGAUCAGUUUGCCCUAUAUGUCUUCCCUUGACUGCUUCAAUCUAUGGAGCUGACAAUGUUUCAGUGCCACAAUAAUACUCAUUUUAGAUUUUUAGAUUUUUUAAAGAUUUUUAAAAGUUUUUUUAGUUUUUUUUUUAGAUUUUUAGAUUUUUUUAUUGAUAAUUUUAGUAUUUUUUUGCAAACCACUUAGAGGUUUUACCUCAUUCAAGCAAUAUAUACAUUUGGUUAAAUGAAUGAGAAUAAGUAAGUCUGGUUCCAGAUGAAUUGUUAUGUUUGGAUAAGUGUAUGCAUUUUCAAUUUGAUGUUAUGCUUCUCCCUCUGAGUCUUGCUGAGAUCAUUCAGUAUAUGCUUCCUUUUUAGGUAGCCCGUGCUAACUGUAUUAAUUAUUCUAUUCUAUUUCUGUUCCCUCCGAAGAACUUCUCUUACUCUAGCAUCGACAGAGACAACAAUAAUUACCAACCUGACAGUGUUAAUGUCUGUCAGGUUUAAGCCAAUGAGUCAACAUGAGGUUCUGUGCUGUUAAACUUUCUUCCAGAGUUUGCAGGAGUGUGGACAUCUUUAUUGCAAACAAACUAAAUCCUAUAGUCCUCACCUCCUCCGAAUUUUUGACACCAUUUGGUAUUGUAGCAUUAUGCGCUAUGAAUUAUGCAGUGACAAAUUGACAUACCAGCUCCAGGCAUCUGCCAGUCUGGCCAGGGACUGAUGUCCAUGUGGGUGUACAAUGCUGAAAGGCAGAAAGAAAGUGUAAAACCGGUUGUCACAGCAGUAUGAAAAGUACCAGAGUUGCAAGGACUAUUCAGGCAUUAAGAGCUGCCUGAUUUAUAAGAUCCCUGCCUGAAUCACUGAGAUUUCCUAGGGAGUUUUUUUAUAUAUAUAGUGAUAACUCAUGGCUCAUAUCCACCAGAUGGUGAUGACGACAACAACAACAACAACAACAACAACAACAACAACAAUUUAUAUGCCACCCAUCUGACUAAGUUGCCCAGCCACUCUGGGCAGCACCCAACAAAAAAUUAUAAAAGCACAAUACAACAUCACAUACUAAAACCUUCCCUGAACAGAGCUGCCUUCAGAUGUCUUUUAACCAUCACAUAGCUGUUUAUCUGUUUGACAUCUGCUGGGAGGACGUUCCAUAGGGCGGGCACCACUACUGAAAAGGCCCUCUGCCUGGUUCCCUGUAACCUCACAUCUCACAUUGAGGGAACCACCAGAAGGCCCUUGGAGCUGUAUCUCAGUGUCCGGGCUGAAUGAUGGGGGUGGAGAAACUCCUUCAAGUAUAUAGGGCCAAAGCCGCAUAGGGCUUUAAAGGUCAGCACCAACACUUUGACUUGUGCUUGGAAAUAUACUGGGAGCCAAUGCAGUUCUAUAUGGUCCCGGUGACUGCUCCCAGUCACCAGUCUAGCUUCCACAUUCUCGAUUGGUUGCAGUUUCUGAGUCACCUUCAAAGGUAGCCCCACAUAGGGUGCAUUGCUGAUCUUGGAACUUCCUCCCAGCAGAGAUCAUACAAGCCCCUGUGGAACAUCAGGCUCCUGAUGAAGACGUCCGUAUCACAUCAGGCAUUUAAAGGAAGCACUGCAUUUUGCAAGGCUUUUCUACCUCCAUCACAUUCCCGGUGGCCCUGUUGCACCAUAUGCUGCUGGUGAAGGGCUGAAACUGUAGUCACCUGUAGCAUGCCUAGGCUCCCCAUAUGAUUUGACCCUUGCAUGAUCAAGGUGACAAGCAUAGGCAUGGGGAACCUGUAUAGAAACGUAAGUAUCCCUGGUUCAGACAUGGACCAUCAGGUUGGAGCCAUCAGAGUCAGGGGAGCAUAGCCAGUAGGAUCAAGUGAUCCAGAGUGAAAUAGCAGCAGCCGGGGAAGGGGGGCAGAUUUAACCCUUUCCCUGGAUCAUUUCCCCUGAACUACACCCCUGUCCCCUCCUUAAGGAGUGAAGAAAAGUAACGGGUCAUCUUUCGAGGAAAGGAAAAGAAUACUACCUAUUCAUAGAUAAAUGAUUUGUCUCAUCUUGUUCUGGAUACAACAGGAUGAGAGUUAAGAAGACCUUAGUCUGCUGUCCGCCCCCUCUUUGUGAUUUGAUCUUUUCUUAUUUCCUCAUCUUUGAUUUGGCCAUUCUCCACUUUUAUCAUUAUUUCACAGUUAUUGAGGCUGCAACACCUGUUGUGUCAGGGAUUCAUUAAUGAGAGGUUACCUCAUGGCAGUCACUGUCCUUGCACCCCUGCCUUGCUUCAAAGAUCCAUUUCGCCAUUUUGUAGAAUGGAUUGACACAUGUAUUAUAUCAGGUGACUUGUGAAGAUGUUGUUAAAAGGUCCCCUGUCAAAAGCAGAUGUGUUAAUAGCUCCAUAGCUCACACUGGCGCAAGGCUUCAUGACAAACAGUCCCACUUGUUAACGGCUCCAUAGCUAUUACCAACUUGAUAUGUAAUGUCAGGAACCCACCUGUUAACAGCUCCAACCUAUAAAGUGACAAAAUAAAAAGAAGUGUAUGUAAUGUCAAACACCUGUGGCAGAUGAGCUGAGGUGUCCAACAAUUCAUUUCACAUAUUAUUCUGACGAGGGAUUUUCAUGGCAAUAUCUUAUUGUUAAUUUACAUCAGAAUGCAAGUUUCUUACAAAGCUAAGCCUACAUUUUCUGCAACAUAUUCCCUGGCCACUGAAAUUUGAAACCACUAUAAUGCAAGGCAAAUAUGGCUAUUUUGUCAUAUUCCUAUUUUCUCCUUAAAAUUUUGUGGUAGUUUGGGAAUCUGCUUUGAUUUUGAUGAACCCCCUACUCAUUCAUUGUGUACUAGGAUGGUUUUACCAUUGUCACAUAGCAAUGCACACUAUGUAGUCUUGUGGUAUCUGUGAUCACAGAUCACGUGAUCUUGUGAACUGGCCUCUUGUGGUGAAGGGUAGUAUAAAAAUCAAAUAAAUAAGGAAAGGAAAUGCUAACAUUUUUGUGUACUGUAAUAUCCUGUGAUGAUGAUGACACUUUUAGACUGUAAUAGCCAUGAUGCAAUGCACAAAUAGAGAAAUUUAAAGCCCUAUACGACCUAGGACUCUCGUACCUAAGGGACCGCCUCUCCUAGUAUGUCCCACGGAGGACCUUACGGUCUUCAAACAAAAACAUAUUGGAGGUCCCGGGCCACAGGAAGGUUAGGCUGGCCUCAACCAGAGCCAGGGCUUUUUCGGCUGUGGCCCCGAUCUGGUGCAACGCUCUGUCACAAGAGACUAGGACCCUGCGGGACUUGACAUCUUUCCGCAGGGCCUUCAGGACAGAGCUGUUCCACCAGGCCUUUGGCCAAGGCACAGUCUGACCCCCUCCUUUGGUAAUCCUCACAGAACGCUAGCCCAAUGGUUGUCAUUAAUUUGUUUUUGAAUUGAUUUUAAAAUGAAUUGAUUUUAGAAUGUUGUGUUACUUUUUGUUAGCCGCUCUGAGCCCGGCUUCGGCUGGGGAGGGCAGGAUAUAAAUAAAUUAUUGUUAUUGUUAUUGUUCUUCUUCUUCUUCUUAUUAUUAUUACUAUUAAAUAAUAAUAAUUAUUAUUAAAUGACUGUUAUAAGUACAGUGCUACCUCGGGUUACAUAUGUUUCAGGUUACAGAUGCUUCAGGUUACCAAUUCCGCUAACCCAGAAAUAGUACCUCGGGUUGAGAACUUUACCUCAGGAUGAGAACAGAAAUCACACAACAGCGGCAGGAGGCCCCAUUAGCUAAAGUGGUACCUCAGGUUAAGAACAGUUUCAGGUUAAGAACAGACUUCCAGAACAAAUUAAGUUCUUAACCCGAGGUACCACUGUAAUAAGCUCUAAGCUCUAAGCUUAUUACUGCUAUAAGCUCUAAGCAAAACUGAGGGGGGGGCAUGUCUUGUCUGGACAGCACAGGACCUCCAUACACACUGCCCAAGGUUGUGCCCCAAGUGGGUCACUUCAGUGCUGCCACCACAGCAGUUUGACUUCUCCCCUGGAGGCACACUCCAUUGUCUCUCAAGACAGAUGGAUGCCAACAACAGCACCUAAGUGUGUAUAGGAGUGCAGGUCACAGUAUUAGUACAUACAUGGGACUAAGACCCAGGGCUUUUUUGCAACCAGAACUCACCUCUUUGUUGCAUUCUGGCCUUGCAGAAUGGGGUGGCACAUCCCCACAUCCCCCCUAAAAAAAAACCUGCACAACUUUGGCUGGGUCAAAGGUCAACAAGCAACUCUUUUUCUAGAAAAAAAAAGCCCUGCUAAGACCCAUUAAACUAAUUUGGACUUACUUCUGAGUAGGCAAGACUCAGAUUGCACAGGCAGUCACUACGUGACCCCAGACCACCAUCACUGAAGGGAGAUUUUCAAAGAUCUCACCAUAUUAUGCUAUUUAUGUUCUUAUGUUUUGCUCUCCGCUAAAACCAACCUGUUUUGAAGUCAUUUUCAGUGGCAUGCUUUACGUAUCAAAUAUAUCUGCAUACUUGAACACAUUUACUAUAUUUUCCCACUAACACACCCUUCUGACAAGCCAUGUCUUCUAAGCAGAUGGUACCGUGAUAUACUUACACAGUAUGCAGAAAUCGUGACAUAUUCCUGGAAAUUUUUCACAGAUGUUUAUAAUGAGAUCUUCAUGAUCACACACCAAUUGCAUUUUCACAGACUGACAGAGCCUUCUGUUCCGAAAGGAGUUUGUACUCUGAAGUUGCUUCCAUUUUGCUUUGUUCAUUUUUAGUACAUUUUAAGACUAUGCAGGCUAACCAGGAAGCUUUUUAGAAGUGCCCAGCAAACACCAAAAUAAUACAUUUAUUUAUGUGCAAUAAAUAUACCAGAAAAAUAUAUUCAUAAGAAAUACCUAGCUAUGACAAGAACUAUACCAAGAACCAUUUUUUCAUUUAGUCUUUUCCUGAUUUUUUUUCUGUAAACUAGCAACUUAUAAUUUUACUAAUGAAUAAUUUUUUUACAAGAAGCUAUAAUUAGAACAAUAAAGAGAAAAUUAUAGCUCUGCAUGAUAUACUGACAUAUAUAUAUAAAAGAAGUAUUUCACUGGUUGUAAUGUAGCUAAAGAUAGUCCCAUUUGCUGAAAUGAGCAGGUAAGUAGCGUGAACUUUCCUAAUAUUGGAAAGUUAUUCUACAGAAACAUAUAUCUAUUUCACCUUUUCAUUGCGAGAGAAUUAUUGGGGAAUUUUCAUGUAAUACAAAAAAGAAGAAGAAGAAGUCUAAAGCUCUGCCUACGUAUUUUAAACCAUAUUAACUUUCCCUUUUUUAUUGUAGUAGUGGGGGACAUCUGGCUAUCGGUUCCUGGCACAGGUCUCAAUUUGACCUGCGAGGCCAUUUUCCACACCACCCACCUGUCCUACAUCAGGUGUGGGACAAGUAAAGACAUGGCUACAGAGGAACAAAGGAAGGCCCCAAAUCUUCCUUUGCAAGUGGAACUUGUUGAUGCAGGGCCAUCUUACCUAUAGGUUCUAGGGGUGUGGGGCACCCAGGCGCCGGGUUUUCAGGGGCGGCAGACCAAGAGUCCUGGACUGGGAUUUGGAGUCCAGGGAUUGGGAAGAGCCAACAGCCGCUGCCAAGUGGAUCAGAAUCCAUCAGAGUGCCUCAGCUCUUCUGUUGUGGGCGAGGGAGCUGCUGAGGCAGCCCACCAGCUCCACCCUCCUGCGCACCUGGGAUUGGUGGGCCAUCAAGAAUCUGCUCACAUCAGGUGCCCGGCUUCGCUCAUUCACCGCUGCUGCCUCGAGUUCGACUGCUGUUGCACUGGACUCUGCUUGCCGCCCCCCCGGCACCCGGCCCCGGCCUUACUCUGCUGUCACCACCUCCUCGGGCUCCUCUGUUGUUGCUGAGGUGGGCGGCCAGGCCAGCUCUGCCAUGCUUGCCUUGCCGGCCCACCCUAAAAAAAGGUUGACAACUUUGGGGGUCCCCCCCUAAAAAAAGGUCAACCGGGGCGGGGUGCCAAGCAGAUCUUUGCACCCCAGCACUGCAUAUGCUUAAGACGGCCCUUUGUAGAUGGCACCAAUCAGUUGAUUGACAUCAAUGAGCUCCAAUAGGAUUGGCUAUACUAUGCUGUUCCCCACCCCUUUCAUGGGCUGUGAGCUCCUUUUUUAUUUUCUUUUUUGGAAAGUUUGCUUUUGUUUCAUUUUAUAAUGUAUAUAUAUAACAGAGAGAGCAAUUAUAACUUAUGAAAAUUAAAAGAUGAAAAACAAAGCUAUAAAAUUGGCACAUAGAAUGAAUAUAUUUGCAUACUGGUUAAAAUAACAGCAUUCAAGUGAAGACUAUCGCUAUUACCAAGACUGUGCUGGAAAGGAGGCACAGUCCUUACCAGGGAAGAUUGGCAGAUUAAACUGAUGGACCAUGCAGAAAUGACAAAACUGACCGGAAGAAUUAGGAAUCAGGAUGACCAAAAUUUCAAUAAGGAAUGGGGAAAAUAUAUAAUUUACCUUAAAAAAUCAUUGUAAACAAUUAAAAUUAUUACUAGGAUUGGAAUGACGCUUGUAGUUAAACAUUGGACUAUGGUUUUUUCAGAGAUUUAAUGGAACUGAACUAACAGAGAAGAUGCAGGAGAAAAAGUUAAGAUAAGGGCCCACAAAAGGGAGGGGGAAAGUCCAAGGGAACUUAUGGAAAUCGUUUUCUUUGUUUGCUUGAUGACUGUAUGUAAAUCUGAAAAUUUAAAUAAAUUUAUUUAAAGAAGAAGAAGGAGACUGUGAGCCCCUUGGAAGAUCCCUUUGGACUCUGAGGCAAACAGACAUUUUCCCUCUUCAGAUGGGUAGCUCAGUUGGUUCUGACGUGGUGCUGAUAACGCCAAGGUCGCAAGUUCAAUCCCCAUGUGGGACUGCUGCAUAUUCCUACAUUGCAGGGGGUUGGACUAGAUGACCCUCAGGGUCCCUUCCCGUUCUACAAUUCUAUGAUUCUAUGAUUGGUGGUUACAGGGAACCCCUUUGAACUUUAACAAAAUCAAAUCCGUUUAUUGUGAGGACCAUGCCUGUACACAAACAUUAACAUAACAAUAGUUAAAAAAAAAUAUUAAAAUUCAUUACAUACUACGCCAACAAAACCUUCAUCCCACAAAAUAGAAAGAGAGGGAAAACGAGCAACGAGUUAAACAGACGAUGAAGGGGUCUUUACAUUGUCAUCCAUAAGUCUUUCCCUGGCUUUCAUGGCCUUCAUCACAAAAACCGCUACCACAUGGGUAAUACGUGGGUUUGCAUCAACUAACAAAAAUUUUACUCUAUCUUCAGGAUUGGUUAUAGAGUUGGGUAUAAUUUGCAGCAAUGCGUCUCUAAAGCCCGAGUAGAUGGGGCAAUAGAGGAGGUAAUGUGUAAGAUCCUCUUUAAUUUUCAUUAGGCAAGGGCAUAAACGAUGUUCUACUGGGGUUUUUGUGAAUCUACCGGUCAGAUAUGCAGUUGGCAGUGUUUGAAACCGUGCCAUAGUGAAAGCUCUCCGAAGGGUGGGAUCAGUGAUCUCCACCAAGUAGUUGGCACAGAUUUUGACUGCUUUUACUCGGGAAACCAGUAGGAAAACCCAGAGUUUUUAUCUUUGUGGAGUCCAAAAAGGCGUCUUUUUCAAAGAUCCAUUCCCGAACUUUAUCAGGGCUCCACAAUUUAAGGGUAUUAAACUCAGGUAGAUUGUAUCUGGAUAGGAUAUCUAGUAGGUUUUUAUACCAAGUAGUAUUAUUUUGUACUGAUACAAAGGCUUGUUUAGCCAAUAAGGUGUUCGGGGCAUCUGUGAGGUUGAUGAAAAAACGCAGGAAUCUUAAGUGGGCCCUGGCAGACACAGAAGGUAAUCCUACUUCCACUCUUAGGAGAGCUGCCGGAGUACUCUGAGGGAGGCCUAGAAUUCUUCUGAGGUAAAAAUUUUGGAAGAUUUCAAGCCGUUCUAACAGCUUCUGAUUCCAUCCCCAGAGUUCUACUCCAUAUAGCAUCUGGGAAUCACUUUUCCAACAAAAGCUUUUAAUGCCGGGAUCACCAGUUGCCCUCCCUCGAAUAAAAAAGCUGAGCAAAGCACCGAUUGUCCUACGUGUUAGAAGGGCUACAGUCUUGAAGUGGGCAAGCCAGCUAGAUGUAGCUUGGAAAGUGAUACCAAGAUAUUUAAAAGAAAGACACUGUUCAAUUUUGUGUUCAUCUAAAGACCAUCUAAAUGUGUGGCGAGCUCUAGUGAAUACCACAAUUUUUGUUUUGUCAUAAUUUAUCUUUAGAGAGUUUUGGGAACAAUAAGCUGCGAGCCCCUCCAGCAUGCUAUGUAGGCCCCUUCGAGUAAGUGCCAUGACAGCCAUGUCAUCAGCAUAUAGUAAUAUAUUCAGGUGUUUGCCUUCCAGGGCAGGAGCUGAUGAGUUAUGCUUUGCCAUAUGUUGAACAAUGUCAUUUAUAUAGAAAUUAAAGAGGAACGGCGCUAACAAACAGCCCUGUUUAACCCCUUUCCCCAGUGGCAGUGGGUCAGUAUAGUUGCCUGACAUCCCAGUUCUGAUUUUAACUGUGGUGUCUGAAUGUAACUCUCUAAGUAUUUUGAGAAGUCGUCUAUCAAUAUCUGUUUCAUAUAGUUUUUGCCAUAAUUUGUCCCUACAGAUUGAAUCAAAAGCGGAUGUGAGAGAACUUUAACAGAUAUGCAUCCUUCGUCACCUGUCAAAGUUGGCCCACAGGGCUGGAGGCCCACCUAGGUCCAGACUCCCAUCCCUGCUUCAUAGGUUUAAUAAAACCUGAGCCUGCAAGCCUAUACAUAUGUACCUGGGAGAGCAUACAAUUGAACUCAAUGGGGCUCACUUCCAAAUACACUCGCAAAUCCUGUGUGCCUUGCUUCUUUUGAAGUAUAUCAUGUGGUUUCUUCUUCCCAGUUUCUGUAAGCUUAAGUUCCACCAUUCUCAGCACUACUGGGCUCAAAGGAAAAGUAAUAAUCACAACAAUAAUUGCAACUUAGUCCCCACUGUGGGUUCCAAUCUCCCUUCCCAAGCAUUUACAUUUACUACUUUAUUCAGGUAAAACGUUAUCUGCACCAUCAUUUGCAUUCAUGGGAGCAUGGAAGUGUUAAACUACUCAUUGGAGAGUUUUUAAAUGCACUAAAGAUGCACUCAGAGCAGCAAACAAAAUCUAAAGACUCAGCUAGAGGCUAAAAAACUGUUUUAAGUGCAAACUUUUCACUUCUCCACAGCACUGGCAUAAUUUUGUACAAACUAGGAGCUAAAGAGAGAGAAAAAGGACAGAUCUAAAAAGAAAACCUUGUCAACAGCUUUGAGUAAACCCAAUUAAACUGUCCUCACCUUGACCAAUUAAAGUGACAGAAGCAGGAGCACAGGCUGUUUUAACAAGAAAGGAGGAAAUGCUUUUUAAAAAUCUAUGCUGCGUUCACACAAUGAUGUCACUCCAACAAAGUCAGAUUUAUGCAAAUUAAAAAGUCCAGAAUGUUGACUUAUUUGUUCCAAGAUGGCACGGUAUUUUUUGGACUGUACCGUUCUUCCUCCUUGACAUUCAUUCUCCUGACUUGAAUUCACGAAUUUAAAUUCAGAUUGAGAGUAGUCCUCCCACACACAGUGUGUGAAGAGAAACAGACACUCAUUUAAGCCAGAAGACUGUUUUAUAGGGUGCAACUUGAACAGCUGCUGAAAGCUGCAUCCAAUCAAAAUUCUUUCCUGUUUUUCUGCCUCCAUCUCCUCCAAUCUGCAAACACGCCCCCCCUCUCACACACACAUGAUGUCACAGCCGACAACACCAGCCACGCCACCAUCUUCUUUCUUGGAGGUUUUUAAGAAGAGGUUGGGUGGCCAUCGCUCUUGGAUGCUUUAGCUGAGAUUUCUGCAUUGCAGGGGGUUAGACAAGGUGACCUUGGUUGUCCCUUCCAGCUCUACAACUCUAUGGUUCUAUGAGUUUAAGGAUCAACUCCAGGUGUGCACAGAUACAAAGAUGGCACACUCAAUGACUGUAACAGGUGAACACGCUUUGUAGUAGAAUUGUAUUUUAUGCUGUUUUAAUGUUUUAUGAUGCCUUGUAUGCCUUUCAUGCUUUUGUAUGCUGCCUUACACUUUUUACACAUACAAAAAAGGCACAUAUAAGUGGCUUAAUAAUAUAAACAAACAAACAAACAAACAAACAAACAAAUAAUGUUAUUUAUACCCCGCCCUCCCCAGCCAGAGCCGGGCUCAGGGAGGUAACACCAGUAAAAUUACAGUAAAAACAUAAUAGGGGGGAAAAAACCCCAAUUUAAAAUACAGGUUAAAAUGCAAUUUUAAAUGCAGCCUCAUUUUAAAAGUAGCCCAUAGAUCAAAACCAUAAGGGGAGGGAAACAUAAGGGUCAGACUGAGUCCAAACCAAAGGCCAGGCGGAACAGAUCUGUCUUGCAGGCCCUGCGGAAAGAUGUCAAGUCCUGCAGGGCCCUAGUCUCUUGUGAUAGAGCGUUCCACCAAGUCGGGGCCAGUACUGAAAAGGCCCUGGCCCUAGUUGAGACCAAUCUAACCAUUCCUGGAAAGUGCAUUCCUGAAAAGCAUUUGGGUAGGGUCUGCUCCACAACUGAGCAAAGUGCCUCUGGUGGGUUGCAGGAAAUUUCAGUGGUAAUAAUAGUGGUGAUGAACAACAGCAGUACUGAAAUUGGCACUAGGUGGCUUGCAGCUCCCUUUUUAAUUCAUCACAAUUCCCCCUACAUAAUGUUGCUUCUGGGCAUUGUGGGGGAUUUUAAUGAUAGCCUCCAUACCCGAGAGAUGGAAAAAUAAUACCAUGGGGGGGGAUCUAAAUAAGUCUCUGCUAGGUGGUCCAGAUAUCAGGUGGCACACCUGGGAUUUUAUGCAUUAUCUGUAGCUUGUUUGACUUUGUUGUAAACCAUCCUGGGGCUUCUAUGAAGAGCAGUAUAAAAAUCAUCUAAAACAAAACAAAACAAAACUGUAGUGUGUUUUAUUUUGAAUUAAAUUUAAAUUUAUUUCUCUUCUGCAUUAUUAUUGUCUCUCUCUUCCUCCCACCCACCCCAUACUGGUGAUGGUGCCAAACAAAGUCUCAAGUCCCACCAAUCACUCAUAUGAUAACAAUGAUUCCUCUAGACCUGCAUGUGAAUGUUACUAAACAUGGGAAAAUGCAUGGAAAAAGCUUCAUUGUUUUUAUACUUUGUACUUCCAAUGGACUGGCUUUUCUAAAUAUGUAUGCACUUCCUUCAUUUCCCCGUCCCUGACGAAAUCCUGAAAAUUGGAAUGCUCCGAUUCCCUACUUGACUUAACUGCAAAGCCUUUCAACAAUGACGGCAUUCUCCUUUGAGCAGAUGUCAGAUAUUAAGACCGCCUGCUUUCAGAUCAAAUUGCUGUUGCCAAGUCUCGCGAGCUUUCUCUUAAACAGUUCAUUAUAAUGUCAGCACAGUCCAAUUUGCAAGCAUUAAAGAAGCAGCUGAACACUGCCUUUUGCUGAAGUAUUAAAGAUCUUGGAUCUUAAAAAAACACACACUUUGGCAUCUCUGUAAUACAAAACGGGGUAAGAGAUUCUCUAUUUACGUUGAUCUCUAUCAGCAUAAGUUAUAGUUAAGCUCGAUUUGUAUGGGAAUUGCAGUCUACUAAAACGUUAUGCUCUGUCCAUUUGUUGCUCUGCUGGGAAUACAAAGUCUAUUCUGCAAAUGGAACUGAUGGAACAAAUAAGCAGGCAUGUGUAUCGAACCAUAGUAUUAUUCAAUGGAUUCUGGGCUAAGUAAAUUAAACUGAACUAAAAAAAAUCAUUUAUUAAUUCAACUAUCUGCUGAAUUUAAAUAGAGAUUACACAGCCUUGUGUAUAGAUUUCUUGGUUGGCUAAAGAUUUGCAAGGAGAGGAAACAAUCAUUGAAAUAAAUUGUAUUGCUUCACUGAAUGAGAAUACUGAAGUCUGUUCUGUUGAACUUUCAUGGAUAAAGACUAAUGGAAAAAAACUUUAAAAAGAAAAGAAAAGUAGAUGCAUCUACCAAUGUAUCUCCAUUUGGAUGACAGCCUAAAAGAAUCUUCUGACUUCUUUUGUUCUGGAAGUAAUAAAGUGAGUUUUAUUUUCUUCAGUCUGUUUCACGUUAACCUAAGCACAGGAUCAAAUAUUUCAUACCAAACAAUGGCAGUUUAACUUUUAGUUGAGAGUUGGCUUUUGGAAAAUAUUUGAAAGGGAACUUCGUACCUGCUCUUGAGUGCUUUGCUCCAUCAUGCAGGAAAAAAUAAGUCAGCACAAGCUGUUAUAGGGAUAAUUGUGACAUGCACAACAUUAUGUGUGGUUCCAGUGUGCAUAUUUAAUAGCUGACACUUGGCUGCAAGCCAGAACAUUGUUUUAUGUAUUUGCACCAUGUGGAAAUUAAUUGGACUAACUGUGUCCUAGAAUACCAUUAGGACACAGCUUUCUUCGCCUUUACUUGGGAAUAAGGAUGGACAUUUUUUUUAGUUUUGAUUUCUUUCAAUUUCUUAUUUUUCCAGUCUUAAACUCAGCUCUUCACAUUUCCACAUCAUGAAAACUCUUCAGCAUUUUCUGCAUGCCAUAUACAUGUUUGCAAGCAAUUUCCCCUAAUAUAAUGCAUUUUUAUGUUAUUUUCAUUGACACACACAUUUUAUGCCCAUUUCACUAGUAUAUACCCUUUUGUAUCCCAAUGCUUUCUUGGUGAAUUGCGUUGCAAAAUUCGGAGAAGUGCAAAUUUUGAAUGACGCCUUUGGUUUUAGGAAGUGCAAAUUCGGCAGAAUUUGAACUGAAUUGGGUUGCUUCUUUGUGCCUACUUGAAAGGAAACCCAUUGACCUCAAUGGGGCUUCUUUUUGGCAUGGGAUUUGCAAUCACUGACUAAUGCAAAAAGGAAAAGGAAAAAGAAUUACAAUUUGCUAUGGCCUAUUCGAUUUGAUGGCAAAAUUGUUAGUAAAAACUUGUCUGCUUGAUCAGUUCUCACCAUUUGCAGAAAUCAUUGCCUUCGAUUCUUCAGAGAACUAUGUGGAAGUUGUGUAGCUGUUAGGCUGUUAAUUGCCCAUUAUCACCAUCCAUUUGCGUUCCCACAGGGACAUUGAAAUGUGUAUUGAGGUGUGUGCAAUGUGAAGUCAUCACAACACACUGCUUUAGUUAGUUUUAACAGGAUCAUGUCCACUUUGUGAAAAGAAGUAUGUGUGAAGGGGUGAGUUGCCCUGAUAUAUUGUUGCUUUCUUUUUUUAAUCAUGUAUAUAUUAUUUGCCACAGGAAGACUGGAAGAAGUCAAGGUGAAUCAGCCUGCAAAUCAUAGGCACGCUUUGCUAGGAAAUAAAUAGGACUGAACUGGAUAGGUUUGACUUCUGAGUAAAUGUGCAUUGGAUACAGUGCAAAGUUCUCCAUACCCACCUCUCACAAUCUCCUUUCCUCCUUUUCUGAUUCUUCACUUUUUUAUCUCCUUAUCUUGCUCAGAAGGCAGCCUCCACAGUGCUCACUUGUAUUUGUACUGUUGAUAAUUAACUUGCAAAUCAAUUCUUGAAUCAAAUUGCCUGUUGUACCUUCUGCAGUUUGAAACCAAAGCCCAACCUUUAAGCCGGGUAAUCUUGUUCAUUUUACACCUAUCUCCCCCUCCUGAACUGAAACCCAGGCUCUCUCUCUAGGCAUACACAAACACACACACACACACACACACACACACACAGAGAGAGAGAGAGAGAGAGAGAGAGAGAGAGAGAGAGAUCAAAACCAGGGCAGGCAAGAUUCUUUAUAGAUUUUUGAUGAUUCCUCCACGUUAAUUCAACAUUCUGGAAGUAAAGGAAGUCCUGUUGAAUUCCAUGGAGCUUACUCUCAAAUAAGUUGGGUUAGGACUGCAGCCUCACUGAAGAAGUUGGUGGGGUGUAGGCAGGCAAGCUGAAAUCUGAUACGCUUAGGAAUCAGCUUGCUUUCUUCUGAAGUCAUAAAAAGCCCCAUCCAUCACUCAGUCUUUUGCCAACUAUGUUGAAAAGGCUGAGAGCCACCUACUUCUCUCCCUCUUAUGUACAUUAUAAUUUCUUAAAAGUACCCAUUUAUAAACAGAAAAGCAAGAAACAGAAUUUCACCAACAUAGCCACUUUACUACUGUGUGUGUGUGUGUCAUCCUCCCCCUGAUUCCUCCUCUCAGGCAUUUGCAGUACAACAAAAUAAUAUAUUUUACCAUUAUUUUCCCCACCUUGAUAUUUCACCAUUAUUUCUCCCACUUAGGAAUGGAAAGUAUUUGUGUUUCCUGCCCUGAUGCUAAACACAUUUAGUUGGGAAUGAGCUCCAAUCUGUUGUAGAAAGGGACAGUGUAUUCAAUUAAUUAAUUAAUUAAUUAAAUUAAUAAAAUGAGUGCCUCUAACCAAGCACAUGCCUGGCCACCCGUGCUUUGAUCAUAACAUUCCUGUGGGUAUGUCAUGCCAUGCCCAUUGACUUCUGUGCUCCUGUAUGUGAUACUGUACCCAUUGACUUCUAUGUCACUGCUUUUGUCUUUUUAAAAUAAUUUUUUAUUGGUUUUAAAACAACUGUGAAUACAAUAACCAUUAAACACUUAGCCAGCAGUGCAGCCAAUGGUGUUUGUUUUAUCCAUCAUCUCUAGACAUAAACUUACAUAUUCAACAAUGAAACAUAUUACUUAACAUAACAUCUCCAAGAAGAUUUGGUCAUUUCUGUGAACACAUCAUCCAUCUAAAUCACCACGUGGAUGUGCUCUAAAUCAUGUUUCGUGUCCGGUCAUUAGAAGGACUUGUAAAUGACAACUGGCACUUGAGUUUUCUUAUCUCCUUCUCUACCCCAAUCCACUUCCCUUUUGUGUCAGGUAUCUUCAAAUGUAACCCUGAGAAUAGAGACGGUCAUAUUUUCAUUGAUAUGUAAACUGCUCUGUGGGCCUUUUUUUGGUGGAAUGUUGUGAUGGCAUGUUGAAGUCAAUGGGCAUAGCAGGACACUUUCAGGAACACUGAAGGAAAGGGGAAUGGCAUGACCCACCCAGGGGAACAAAGAAGUGAAUGAACAUCUUUCCCAGCCAAGUGAUAUGUACAAAAAAUGCAUAUAUUCAUGAAAAUAUCAUGCACACAGGGCUGUGGAUCUCCAUGUAAAACCUUGCGCAAGCAUUCUGCAUUCAAGCCCAGUGUCAUUGCCAAACACCUGGCAAGCACAAAGUUCACAGGUGUGCAGUUUCCUGUAAGAUCUUAGGUGAGCAAAGUUUAAGGAUAGAUUAAUGCUCCUUUAUCAUGCUCUACAGUUCUUUAUGAAACGCCCCAAGAGGCUUUACAUAAAGUCUACUAUUACUUUAAAUCCUUUCCUUCAGUAUUCGGCCUGUACGCCAUGGCUUUUUAUUUGCUCUCACAUUCGACUGAAUCUGUGAAAUAUUGUCUCUGAUAAUCCCCCUCUCCUUCUGUUCCUUUGAUGCUCUCGCAUACUUAGGAAGCACUUCAAGCAAAAAUGUUCCUAUUUUCCACUCUCAGCUUUCAACUGUAAGCAGACAGCCAGCAAAAUGGCCCUCAAUGAGCCACACAGCUGUAUUUUGCACAGAAAUUAACUCUGCUCCUUUUAAGGAUAGAAGUACUACUCAAUAACCUAGAACAGACUGUUUACAAUGACAGUAAUGAGGACACAGAAUUCUUUCCUUUCCCCCAUAUCUUUUCACCCUCCUCAAGGAGAAAUUACUCACAACGCCCAAGUUACUGCAAUAUCAUUUUGGAGGUUGUUGUUUUUUACUAAGGUCAAUAUCAAGGCCUGCAUCUCAAACAUAACUCCUGAAAGAAAACUCGAUAUGAAAGAAAGCGCAGUCGUUAGUGGCGUGAUGAAUAAACACACACAAAGUUUCCAGGAAAGAGUUUGGUGUAAAAAUAUGACUUGGCAUAAGAUAUGGAUAUUUUGCUCUCCAUGAAAUGCCUCAAAAUGGUGUCAACCUAAUUCUUUUAGAUCCUGUGAAGUAACCAAAUGGUUCAGUCUGUAGGUUCCUCUGCAUUCUUUUGUCUGAAUCAAGUUGGGCAGAAACAAGAAAAUACUUCCUCAUACAGCACACAGCUAAACUAUGGAACUCAUUCCCACAGGAGGCAGUGAUGACCAUGUAACCUUCCUCUUCCAUAGUCUCUGUAUUGUCCUUGUAGACCUCAUCAGGGUGGGCAAAACUUUUUUUUUUUUUAAAUGAUAUUUAUUGAAGUUUCAAAAAAAGGUUACAAAAAUAGGAAAAAGAAAAGAAAAAAAAGAAAAAAUACAAAAUACAGAAAGUAAAAGCAUUUAAAAACAAACAAGUCUUUCCAUGUCUUCUCUUUCAUUUACUUGUUUCCCUGACCUCCUCACACCUCCCUUUUUUGUAUUCCAAUCCAGUUAGCUAAUUCAGCAAAUCCUUUCCCUCUUUGUUUUUAUCCUAAUCCUUUAACUUAAUAUAUUGUAACUUUAGAUUCUCACCUGUUAACAAUCCAUUUUUACAUACUCCUUUGUAAUAUUGCUGCUAAAACCACGUAACUUCAUUCUGACAUCGUUCUAACAUUCAUUAAUUUUACAGUAUUUCUGUAAGUAGUCUUUAAAUUUCUUCCAAUCUUCUUCCACCAACUCUUCUCCCUGGUCUCGGAUUCUGCCAGUCAUUUCCGCCAGUUCCAUAUAGUCCAUCACCUUCAUCUGCCAUUCUUCCAGGGUGGGUAGCUCUUGUGUCUUCCAAUACUUUGCAAUAAGUAUUCUUGCUGCUGUUGUAGCAUACAUAAAGAAAGUUCUAUCCUUCUUUGGCACCAAUUGGCCAACCAUGCCCAGGAGAAAGGCCUCUGGUUCCUUCAGGAAGGUAUAUUUAAAUACCUUUUUCAUUUCAUUAUAGAUCAUCUCCCAGAAAGCCUUAAUCCUUGGGCACGUCCACCAAAGGUGAAAGAAUGUGCCUUCAGUUUCUUUACAUUUCCAACAUUUAUUAUGGGGCAAAUGAUAGAUUUUUGCAAGCUUGACUGGUGUCAUGUACCACCUGUAUAUCAUUUUCAUAAUAUUCUCUCUUAAGGCAUUACAUGCCGUAAACGUCAUACCUGUGGUCCAUAACUGUUCCCAGUCAGCCAUCAUUAUGUUAUGUCCAACAUCUUGUGCCCAUUUAAUCAUAGCAGAUUUCACCGUUUCAUCCUGAGUAUUCCAUUUCAACAGCAAGUUAUACAUCUUUGACAAAAUCUUGGUUUUGGGUUCUAACAGUUCUCAGGGUGGGCAAAACUAGAAUUAGUUUGCUCUACCUGUCUGUCUGAAGCUCCAACUAGUGUUGGUCUGCCUUACCAGUCUCAAUGGGCAGGAGCCACCCUUGGAGAAAGCACUCCUGGUGAAUUUGACUAGAAAUGGGAGAAGCUGACUAUAAGUGAAAAUGGUUGGUUCAUUAAGCUGGAAGGGACCUCAAGCGUUACAUGCCCUACCAAUGCAGGAAAUCCACUAUGACAGAACCCCCGAUAUGUGGUCAUUCAGGGAGGAUGGGGAUAGUUGUAGUAGAACAUCUACCUUGCAUGCACAAGGUCUCAAAUUCAAUCACCACCACAAUCUCUAGGUAGAAUUGUGCUAGAUAGACCAAUAUCCUGCCUCUACUGUGUACAACAACUUCCUGUGGUCUUAUGAUGAGGUCAAUGCUUGUGUACCCCUCCCUUUUCAUUUUUCUCCACUCCUAUUUGGCUACAUUUGUAGCCAGUGUGGUGUAGUGGUUAAGAGCGGUAGUCUCGUAAUCUGGGGAACCGGGUUCACGUCUCCGCUCCUCCACAUGCAGCUGCUGGGUGACCUUGGGCCAGUCACACUUCUUUGAAGUCUCUCAGCCCCACUCACCUCACAGAGUGUUUGUUGUGGGGGAGGAAGGGAAAGGAGAAUGUUAGCCGCUUUGAGACUCCUGAAGGGGAGUGAAAGGCGGGAUAUCAAAUCCAAACUCUUCUUCUUCUUCUAAUUCAAAGCACUAGGAGAGCUUGGUCUUAGGUCCUCAAGUUAGCUCAUUUCUUGGUCUCCCCAGGGUAUGCCUACUAUUUUGUGAUUUUUAAUGCUUUUAGGCUAUAGCACAUUUUUUCCCUGAAUGCAGUCACCUCUUGCAUUGCUGCACUGAAAACAUAUUCCCCCUCCCCCAUUUCAUUUCAGGAAACAUGAUAUACCCUAAUGGAGCAUGCACUCUCAUGUGGCUUCUUGUGCUGUACAUGUUAGUCAAGAAGGUGGUCCCUCAAGAUGACACCGUCGUUGCUACUAAGAGUGGAAGAGUCAAAGGGUUGACAUUGCCUGUGCUUGGUGGAACAGUUUCAGCCUUCCUCGGGAUUCCUUAUGGAGCUCCACCUGUUGGGAGACUUCGCUUCAAAAAGCCGCAGCCUCGGGAAGAAUGGGGAGGGGUCUGGAAUGCCACCAAGUAUGCAAACUCUUGCUAUCAGAACAUAGACAACACUUUCCCUGGGUUUUCAGGAUCCGAGAUGUGGAACCCCAACACAAACCUCAGUGAAGAUUGCCUCUACCUCAAUGUGUGGGUUCCUUCACCCAAGCCUAAAAAUGCAACUGUCAUGGUAUGGAUCUAUGGUGGUGGCUUCCAGACCGGGACCUCCUCAUUGAAUGUCUAUGAUGGCAGAUUUCUAGCCCGUGUUGAGAGAGUCAUUGUUGUUUCAAUGAAUUAUAGGUUAGGAGCAUUGGGAUUCUUGGCUUUGCCAGGGAAUGAAGAUGCUCCAGGAAAUGCAGGGUUGUUUGAUCAACGACUGGCACUUCAGUGGGUCCAAGACAACAUAGCAGCUUUUGGUGGGAAUCCUAAAAGUGUGACAUUGUUUGGAGAGAGUGCUGGAGCAGGAGGUGUCAGCUACCAUCUCCUUUCUCCACAAAGCCAUCCUCUCUUCACUAGGGCAAUCAUGCAGAGCGGUGCUGGGAAUGCCCCUUGGGGUGCACUUCUACCCUCUGAAGCAACACGGAGAACUCUAGCUCUAGCUAAACUCCUCCACUGUACGAGCAGCAACGAAACAGAGAUCAUUAUUUGUCUUCAGAGCAAAGAUCCCCAGGAUAUACUUGCCAAUGAAGUGUCUGUUUUACCAUACAGGGCUCUUUUAGAGCUGUACUUCACUCCAGUAGUUGAUGGCGAUUUUCUUGCUGAUCUCCCUGGAACCUUGUUGAAGAAUGGGAAUUUUAAACAAACACAGAUCUUGUUGGGGGUGAACAAAGAUGAAGGUACGGCUUUCCUUGUGUACGGAGCACCUGGCUUCAGCAAAGAUAACAACAGUCUUAUCAAUGAAGCAGAAUUCCGGGCAGGCUUGGCACUAUCCUUCCCAGAAACAAGUGAAGUGGGAUUGGAAUCUAUUGCUUUUCACUAUACGGACUGGGAGGAAGAGCAGAUCCCUUUCAAUUACCGUGAUGCUAUGGAUGAUAUCGUUGGAGAUUACAAUUUCAUAUGUCCUACUGUGGAGUUUGUAAAACAUUUUGCCGAGGCACAGAACAACGCUUUCUUAUACUUCUUUGAGCACCGAUCUUCAAAACUACCUUGGCCAGAGUGGAUGGGAGUACCACAUGGCUAUGAGAUAGAAUUUGUAUUUGGACUACCUCUAGAGAGAAGAGCUAAUUACACCAAAGCGGAGGAAACUCUGAGUAGGUCUAUUCUGAAGUACUGGGCAAGUUUUGCAAAAACUGGGUAAGUUGUGGUUUUGAAGGUGUGGGUGUUUGGGGGAAAAUAUUUUUAUGUUUACAGCUUAGUCUCUUUCCUAGUUAUUCAUCCUACAAAAAUUCAGAAAAAAUCCAUGCUAUAGAGUAUUUUUUCGGUGCUCGCUUGCAGAAGUCUGUGGGGGGGGGGUAAUCUCUGAAUCCUAUUAUUCCUUCUCCUUUCCCACUAUUAAUAUGGUGGCAGUGGUGGUGGAACAAAAACUCUAGCAAAAAAUAAAGUGCCAGUAGACAGUAUGUAAUGAAAAAAGAUGAUGCUAAAAAGAACUUGAGGAGCACGUCCCUAAGAACAUUAAGAGCAACAACAAGAAGUUAUUUAAAUGCAUUAGCAACAAGAGACCAUCUAGGGAGGUGAUUAGGCCCUCAGAUGACAAGGGAUCCAAAGGUGUGCCAAAAGAGGAUAAGGAGAUUACAGAGAAGCUGAAUGAAUUAUUUGUAUCUGUCUUCAUAGCAGAAUAUAAAAGGCAGAUCCCAGUGCAUGAACUAACUUUUGCAGUAAAGCAACCUGAGGAACAGAGGCAGAUAGUGGUGAUGAGAGAUGAAGUUUUAGGCCUAACAGAGAAAAUAAAAACUGAUAAACCUCCAGGCCCAGAUGACAUUCCCCCAAAGGUUCUCAAAUAACUCAAAUGUGACGUUGUUGUUCUAACAAAAAAAUAUGUAACUUGUCCCUCAAGACAGCCUCCAUACCUGAGAACUGGAAAGUAGCCAAUGCAACAUCAGUUUUUAAAGGGCGAUUCAGUGGGGAAUCUGUGGGAAUACUGGACAUUACAGAUUGGUUAGCUUAACAACUGUCUCAGGAAAACUGGUGGGAAGUGUUGUUAAAGGUAAAAUAACCAAGUAUGUAGAAGAAGACUCGCUGAAGCAGAGCCAUCAGGGCUUCUGCAAGGGGAAGUCUCAGGAACGCAUCAGAGUUUCUGAGAACAAUCAUACAAACAGUGGUCAUCCAGCUGACAUAGUGUACUUAGACUUUCAAAAAGCUUUUGACAAGGUACCUCAUCAAAGACUCCUGGCUAAAGAAUAAGAGGAGAGGUCCUCUUUAGAUCAGGAUUUGGUUCAGUAGGAGGAAUCAGAGAGAUGGGGAAAAGAGAUGGGGGAAAUGGCAGAGAUAUAGAAAGUGGAGUCCUCCAAGGACUGGUAUUGGGAUCCAUGAUUUUUAACUUAUUCAUAAAGGAUCUAGAGUUAGAGGUGAACAAUGAAGUGGCCAAGUGUAGUGAUCUUACUGAAUUGUUCAGGGUCAUUUAGUAGUGGAGCAGGAGAAGGAGGAUACAGGUUGUGGCAGAAGUAGUAGAGAAUACUGAUAGUUGGAGCAGCAUUUAAUAACAAUAUGAUCGGUUAUGCACUUUCACAAAGGCUGCAAGGAAGUGUUCAUUGCCUCUCAAGGCAAGAUGUCUCCUAUUAUUUCCAGAAGCUGGCAGUAUCAGAUGUGUUUAUAACAAGACAGGAUAUGGUUUCAGUGUUCUUGAUCAUUUGUUGCUUUACCUUACAAAUGAGCGGAACCUUAUUUCAUCACAGUAACAGCUGUUGCAAAUGAACGCCACAGUUUUGAGUUGCAAAAAAAGUAUUCUAUUUACAGCCCCGUGACCCCUGGCACCGCCACCCUCUUUGGCUCUCUCACACAGAGAAAUUAACUCCACUCUUCCCAAAGGCAGAUAUAAUAACUGGGUUAUAUGACCUUGCAUUCUUGCAAGCGCUCAGGAAGUGUCCAUAAAGCAUGACGUGAGAAAGAAAACAUUGGAUAAGAAAUCCCCCAUGUAUUUUCUCAAACUUAGCUGUUGAUAUUGCUAUUCUCACAUUAGAUUGGUGCAUAUAUAUAUAUAUAUAUAUAUAUAGGAUGGGGUGAAGCCAUGUCUAUAAAACAUAACAUAAGAUGCACCCAAUAAUCUAAGUUUUAAUUCCCAAAUUUGUUACUGUACAUCUAUUCUGGUGGUGGCAUCACGAAGGGCACCUUUCGUAUUCCUCUUCUUAAUUGUGGAGGUUACCCUUUUGGAAAAAAAGAAGGGUUACAACUAUGCAUUAUUUAAUUAUUACAAUUUAAAUAAACAAUCCCACUUUUAACUAUCUAGGUCUCAAAGUGGCUUAUAGUAAAAAAUUAAACAUAAUAUACAAAAUUUAAAACCUCAAAAAUUGAAAAUCUUUUAAAAAAUAAAAUCGCAAAAUUUUAAAACAACAGAGAAACAUUCAUGAUGAAAAAGCCUUCUGAAAUAGAGCAGUUUUAAUUACCCGAAUUUUAAUUCCCAGUUUUAAUUCCCGAAACCUAUCGGGAAUGGUGUCUGUCUGACUUCUAUUGGGAGGAAACUCAGUAGAGUUGGACCCAGAGCAAUGAAGCCAUGACUUCUUGUUGAUAUGAGCUGUGGUUCUGCUCCAUGGGGGGCCAGUAAUAGCACUUCCCCAGAUGACCUAACUGACUAAGCCUAUUUGUAAUAUGUCCCUAAUGUUUUAGUAGGGAUCUGCAACACCCUCUUGGAAAGAAAAUAUAUUUAUUGCUGGUCAAAUUGAUACUCCUUUUGCUUGGCACAAAAUUCCUCAAUAUUAAACCAAGCAGAAGCAUCUACAUUUAUGUUGAAUUUUUACUUUAGGCAGAACUCAGUAGCAGCUCAAUUCUCUCUCUCUCACUCACUCACUCUCACACAACAGAGAGAAAAAUUCUUUGGAGGUUUCCCCUAAGCAGGAACCUCCACAUUUGACUCAAAAUGUUGCUUUAGGCCCAAUUCAGCGGCAACUCAAAUAACAGUGUUUAUCUGUCUUCCUGGGAUGCAAAAGGAGCGAGUGUCUGACAUUUGCAAUGCCCUGCUAGUUAAUGCUAGACUUUCAGCGCAGAUAACUGCAGCCUAUUUGCAAGACAGCCAUUCAAACAGGGGGGAAGAGUUUGCUACUUUAAAAUGAGCAAAAGAAAAACAAUUCUCACCACCACCGCCCCUCAUCUGCCUUCAGAAACAGCAGUGGUGGUGCAAAAUGGGAUUUCUUAGCCCUACAGUCAAUUUGCCGGCAAGACUUGGCUUCAAGUCAAGAAGAUGUAAAUGACAGGGUUGUUGUCCCUCUUUACACAAUGAAGACAGUUCUCUUUUUGUUCCACGCUGCCACUUCCAAAGUAAAAGAAAUGGUGUGUUCAUUGUUGCUGUGUGUUUUUCUGAAAGCAAAAUUAUUCUGGUUACCUUGAUUUUUCAAGAGGUUCCCAUUCUUUCAGGAGUUCUGUGUUUCCCUUGCAAACACAGCUUCUACUUCCUUGCAGAGUCUAGCAUUUGAGUAGGCAGCCAGUUAAGAUGAUAGGCUGUCAAAGUUUGGAUCAUCAACCUUGGAAGGUAGUGGCGUGUUUCAUGGUUCUGUAAUUGUCAGCCGCCUCCCCAGCCCCUGCCGCAAAGUUCUGAUUUUAUAAUUUAUUCUGCAUUUGUUUCAACAAUUGUCAGGUGCUGUUGCGGUUGCUCGAGAGUAAACAGGCAAGACUCCAACCUGUCUUUUACAGGCUUUAUUUUGGUGCAAACUAUUUACAGUGAAGAGCGUCAUAAGUUCAUGUCUGGCUCAAUCGCUAGCAGAAUCCGGGAGUGGUCUGUUUUUGUACCUCCCCCAGCAUAAAAGUCUCAUCAGCCCCAGCCUUUUCCACCCCUCCCUGCACCUCAAACUACUGCGCAGGAUGGGCAAUGGCAAGAGCGUGCUCCCCGCCUCUCCGGCUUGCUCAGGCUCAGUGUUAAGGCUCUUCCUAGCAUCCUCUGGUCCUUCCACCUCUUCUCCACUGGAGGUGGGGCUUUCCUCCUCACUGGAAGAGGAACUGCUUCGUAAGAUUUUCGUGGCUCCCUGUAACACAACUGCCCUUCUAUCUCUCGACUCCGAGCCGAUGGCAGUUCCCUGACAACAAUUCAUAUACUGCUUAAUUUACAGUCAUCUCUACAGUCAUUGGCAGAAGACCCAAUGCAAUAGAACUAUUUAAAAAACCCCACACACUUUUAAAAAAUCAGAAUUCAAUUUAAAAGCUGAUGGGACUUGGAGUGCUACAGCAUCUGGAGGGCACCAUGCUAGCUACACUUCACACAUUUUAGUGACGUCUCACUGCGGUCUUCAUUUAAAUAGAGAUUUCUGUGCUCUAGAGUUAGAGCAGAUUUCUCCAAACUGCUGGACUCCAGCUCCUUUCAGUUCCAGCCAGCAUUUGUUGUUGUUGUUGUUCAGUCAUUUAGUCGUGUCCGACUCUUCGUGACCCCAUGGACCAGAGCACGCCAGGCACUCCUGUCUUCCACUGCCUCCCACAGUUUGGUCAAACUCAUGCUGGUAGCUUCGAGAACACUGUCCAACCAUCUUGUCCUCUUUCGUCCCCUUCUCCUUGUGCCCUCCAUCUUUCCCAACAUCAGGGUCUUUUCCAGGGCGUCUUCUCUUCUUAUGAGGUGGCCAAAAUACUGGAGCCUCAGCUUCAUGAUCUGUCCUUCCAGUGAGCACUCAGGGCUGAUUUCCAUAAGAAUGAAUAGGUUUGAUCUUCUUGCAGUCCAUGGGACUCUCAAGAGUCUCCUCCAGCACCAUAAUUCAAAAGCAUCAAUUCUUCGGCGAUCAGCCUUCUUUAUGGUCCAGCCAGCAUAGCCAAUGGCAAAGGUGGUUUUAAGGUGGCACAGUGUGGGCACCAUAACAAUGCUGUAGAUUGAAGUGCAAGAGGUGGGGGCACCAAGUUUUAGCAUCGGACAAAUUUGAGAGCCCAAAGUCCACCAGGGAUGAUGGGAGAUGGGGUCCAUCAACAUCCACAGGGUACAAGAUUUGGGAAAGCUAAGUUAAUAGAGUAGGAAUCAACUUCUCACCAGCUGUUCCAAUUAUGGACAUCUGUUAUUGGACUAAGUCUAAAUCACUUGGAUGUGAAUUGUAAUAUUAAGUUACAUGACCUAUAUUGUUGUUGGACUUCUUAAUGUUUUAAAUUAGGGAUGAGUGAAUCAAUCUAUUUCUUCCCCAAAUUCCUUUACAUGCAGGUAUCUUUAAACACACCCCAUCCUGUUUCUGCAUUGAUCUAGGAUUUAUUCAUUUACCUGUCUAUUUACAUUAAAAUAUGUAAAUAGGAAACAUCCUUCAAAUACAGUUCUAAACAUUUUUUUUCUAUUCAGAUAUGAUUUUUGUAAGUAUGUUGAUACAGACAAAAGAACGUACGUCACACAGCACAUUGUUAAAUGGUGGAUUUGGCUCUCACAAGAUGUCAUUAUGGCCACUAAUGAGACAUUACAAUGAGAACAUCUUGGAUGGCUUUAAAAGGAUAUUAGACAAAUUCAUGGAGGAUAGUGUCUACUAGCCAUGAUGACUAUAUUCUCUUCCAUUAAUAGCCGCCCUGAGCCCGGUCUUGGCUGGGGAGGGCGGGGUAUAAAUAAAAAAUUAUUAUUAUUAUUAUUAUUAUCAUCAUCAUCAUCAUCAUUAUAUCAGGUACAAUAUGCCUUUGAAUACCAGUUGCUGAGAACCAGAAUUGUUAAGAGUGAUGUUGCACUAAGUUUCUGCUUGCAAGCUUCUCAAAGGCAUUUGGCUGGCCAUUGUGAGAACAGGACGUUGGACUAGAUAGGCCAUUGGCCCAAACCAGCACAAACCUAUACCUUUAUAUUUUCUGAGUCAAAAACGGAGUUAGUAUCAUGAAAGCUGAUGGAUAAUUUUGUUCUGCUUCACACAGUUCAGGAGGUAUGGAUCAGACCAGUCUUACCUGGUAUCCACAAAUUUGUCAAGCAUCCUAGAUUACUUUAGACUCCUGAUAAUAUGGUUUGUGGCUUGUGUUUAGGGGAGGGGAAUCUGGCCAUUCUUACAACUGAAAGGAAUAUGUACAUUUUGUGUGAAUUACAUUAAACAUGUGUUGUUGUGGGUUAAAAAAAACACACCCUUCUGCAGAGUUGUGACAUCAUCAAAGCCUGAGUAUUUCACAGGAAAAAUAAAGCUUCUUUCUUGUUACGGCAUUUUUAGAACUGGUUCAUCUUAAUAGCAGGAAAUGCUGUAAGGGGAAUCCUUAUUUUUCAUUAUGCGUUAUUUGAAAUGCUUUUGUAUUGUUUCAAAAUGUAGUUGCCUGCUUUGAGACUAAUGAAGAAGAUAUUUCAUUUUGACAUGUAGGCUGCAAUUUGGGAUGCUCAGAGUUCAAAGGAGAAAAAAAAGAGUAAAUAAAUUCUUUAGGAUGUCCACUUAAGAGUUGGAGUAAUAUUAUUAACAAAUGGACCAAAAAAGCCAUCAUGGAAAAGACAAAUUGCUCCAUCAAAACAUUACUCUAGUGCUGUUCAUAGAAUCAAUUACUCUUUUGUAUCUGGCAAUAGAAUGAAGCUGUCAUUUGGCCUGGAGAGAUCCAGUGCAAUGAAGGCCACAAAUCCUUUACAGAAGAACACAGGCAAUAACACCAUGUUUAUAACUAUGUGUGUUGUGCUGUAGAAAGUUAUUUUUCUCACAAAGUCACACUAUGGAAUUUGCAACCACAAUAUGUGGUGAUGGGCACAAAUUUAGAAGGGAGGAAAAGGCAGUCAAUGUUACUAGUGAUGAGUAAAGAUGGAUAAAUCUGUCAAUUUCAAUUUCUCUCAGUUUUGUAUUUUUCUAUCUUAAAUUUAGUUUUCCACGUUACUGCAGCAAUUUGUGAAUUAUUAUUUUUUGAAGGGGGGGUGGAAGUCCUCAUGGAAAUCACCAGUGUUUUAGUGCAAAUUUCUCCUCAUAUACACAUUUUGUAUGCAAUUUUGCCUGAUGUACACUUUUUUUGCAAAGCAAUUUCCCCAAAUGUAAUGCAUAACAGUUUAAUGAAUAUAUGCAUAGUUAUGCUCCCUUUCCCCUACUAUAAACCACAGAGCCUAGGGCUUGCCGAUCAGAAGGUUGGCAGUUCGAAUCCCCAUGACAGGGUGAGCUCCCGUUGCUUGGUCCCAGCUCCUGCCCACCUAGCAGUUCGAAAGCACAUCAAAGUGCAAGUAGAUAAAUAGGUACCGUUCCGGCAGGAAGGUAAACAGCGUUUCCCUGCGCUGCUCUGGUUUCGCCAGAAGCAGCUUAGUCAUGCUGGCCACAUGACCCGGAAGUUGUCUGUGGACAAACACUGGCUCCAUCGGCCUAUAGAGCGAGAUGAGCGCCGCAAGCCCAGAGUCAUCCGCGACUGGACCUAACGGUCAGGGGGUACCUUUACCUUUUUAUGCUCCCUUUGCCCUACUAUAAUCUUUCUCUCUUUUCUCUUUUUUCCUUUGGUACACAUUGCUUAGCUGGAAAAUAGCAUUGCAAAAUAUGAAGUGAAAAUUUCAAAGGCCGUGUUUUAGUUCUUAUGAAGUAGGUAGUUUUGCGAACAAGUGUCAAUUGAAUCAAAUGUCUCCCCCAUGCCUAGUCAUGAAGGCUGUGUACAACUUCCAGGACCAGAGACAACAUGCCUCUGAAUACCUGUCACUGAAGAACCACAAGGAGAGAAGGCUACUGUGCUUAUGUCCUGGCUGUGGGCUCUUCCUAUACAUUUGGUUGGCUAUUGUGGGAAAACAUGAAGCUGAAUCUAAUAGGCAUUUGUUCUGAUCCAGCAGGGCUCUUUUUAUAUUCAUUCUGUUAAAAUCCCUGACCAUUGGCCUCAGUUGCUGGGGCAGAUGGGAUUUGCAGUCUGAAAACAUCUAGAGAGCACCAGGUAGUGGAAAGUUAGAUUAUGGUGUUGGACUAGGAAUGGGCAGACCCAAGUUCAAAUCAAAGUCAUAAAAUUCACUCUGUGUCCCUUGACCACCACAAAAAGUUCAUAUGAGUUUGUAGAUCAGAGGGGGGUGAAUUCCUUGGAAGAAGUUUGGGAUAUAAACAAAUACUGCUGAUUCUGACAUUUUGCAUCACCUUUCUGUAUAAUAAUAUAAUUAAAGCAAUUACCUGAUGAAUUUAGAGGUUCUAUGCAUUGACAACUGGUCCCUCCCCACUUAAUAUGUGCAAUCCUAUACACCUUUUUUGGAAGACCCAUAAGGUUGAGCAUAAGACGUUAGCCUCAUUGAUGAAUUUAUUUUAUUACAGGGGAAAAAUGCUGCCUGGAAAGUGGUUAUGAAUGAAGAGAUGAUAGGAAGCGAUAUCAUGUGACACAUUCUUGAUCUGCAGCUGUCUCAGUGUUUCUCAUGCUUUGGAGGGUGUAAUUUUUUAAAUUUUAUUUUGUGGCCUUCAGGAUAUGCUUCAGGGGUCUUGAUUUUCAAUAAUUACACGAUUUCCUGCAGCUCAGACAUUACAUUCCCUAAAGGGCAGAAGAAAGCAAAUACCUCUAAGCUGUAAAUAAGAUUCCAAUGAGUGGGCGUCAAAGCCUUGCCAAUAGCCAGUUUCUGUUGCUCCAUUAGUCACUUUAGCCUUUAGUCAAUGGAACUGGAGUUCAUUAGAUGGAAAUGUAUUUGGAUGGAGAGUUUCAAAUUCCACAGAUUCUGACUGUCCCAGAAUCUGCAUGGCUGAGAAAUUGCUGUCCUACAGAGUAGUUUGAGGAAGAUCAAUUUCCUAUUUCCCCCUCCCCACCCUUACAUGAGAACGUAAGAGCUCUGCUGGAUCAGGCCAAAGGCCUGUCUGCUAGUAUCCUGUUCUCAUAGUGGUCAACCAGAUGCCCGUGAGAAGCUUGCAGAAGCAGGAUUUGAGUGCAAUAAUGCUCUCUUCAUUUGCAAUUCCCAGCAACUGGAAUUCAAAAGCAUUUCACUGUUGAUGGUAGAGACAGGACAAAGAAAUUGUGGCUAGUAGCCAAGAAAGUAGCGUAUUGCAUUUUAGGGUUGCCCCAGGCGCAAAGUUGCUAGGGACUCAAAAUUUCAACCCCUGGUCCUGCCUCAAUACAGCUGCAUGCUUCUGUCAUGGGGCUCCAUUGAAAAUGACUUCUCCAUGCAAACCAGGAAAUGACCUCUCCAGACUCUUCUUUUCUUAUCUCUGUGGCUGUGAUUUCCUGGGUGACCUGGACGCAGUUAGGCAGUUGAGUGUGCAUGUACACUCCAUCUGUUUCCCUUUUUCCCAAUCCCACCCUCUAUGUGUCCCCAGGCACUGGAAACCCAAGCUACACUACUGGCUAAGGAUAGCUUUAUCUUGUAUGUAGGCCAUUUCUACCUUUCUUUCCAAAUUUGAGAGAUGCUAAGGUUCUGUUUCUGAUGUUGGAGGGGAAAGAAAACCUGAGUCCCUCGUGCCUCUUGUUCCCACUGCAACAUUAAGAGGUUCAGAGAACCCCACUCUGCAGAUUGAAAGCACAUGUGAGAGGUUAGUUGAGUAAAGUCAGGCUAGCUCACCCUUUCCUCAAGAUGUGCUACCUCAUUAGCUGCACAGUCUCCAACCAGAAUCUAGGACAAUGAUACAUAUUUGUAAGCAGCCAAGUGUCUCCUGUUUGGAACAGAAUUUAAGCUAAUGUCUUCAACUUGGGCCAUGUUAAAGACAAGGAAAUGAAUUAUUUGUGGGAUUGAGUGUAGGUAUGUUUGAACACUUUUAAGGAUUGUAUGAAAUGUAUGUAUGUUUGUAUGCUUGUAUAUUUGUGAUAUAUGUGUAUUAAAUAAAAUAAAAAAAUAUUUUUUUAAAAAAAUAAGGACAAGGAAAUGCUUUUCAGUGUCACCAGACACUUCCUCUACCCAAACAUUACAAAAUCAGCAUAGGUGAAUCACAACUCAACAUUUCCUAGAUGAGAUAGGUGAGCAACACACUCAUUUUCAACUCAAGGAACACUGACCAAGCUCCAUCACCAGCAUUCUCAUAUGCUAUAUUGGUCAGAGAUUUAACUUUUAGUGAGUCUUGGGAGACAGCUGAGCCCUGAAGUGUAGCAACGAGGGCUCCCCAAAAAGCAAAAAGGGAGGGACAAAAUAAUGACUUAUUCUUGAUUGGUUGAAAACAUAAGGCCUGUCAGAAGAAUUCCACAGGGUCAGAAUAUCCACGAGACAAUAUUGACUUAUUAACUAAUGUAUUUUUAUUGUAAUUAUAUCCCCACAGAGAGUAGCCUGUGGCGCUUUUCUGUCUCAGAUGACAAAAUAACAUUCCUAGUCUCAGUUUACUGUGCCAUCUUGAUUUAGCAUGUGUGUGGGGGGGGUGACAUUUGUUGUUCUGUCUCAGGCAGCAACUAUAUUGGACUAGCCCUGUAUGCAAUCAUAGUGGUGGGCUGAUUUUGGACUCAUAAAGCUAUUUUGUCCAUGUAAAAGUUUCUCAGUAUCUCAAUACAGCUUUUGAUUCUUGGCCAAUUUACUUCUCUGCAGUUAUUUAUAUGAAUAUUAAUCAAGGCAUGUUUUCUUGGAACGAGGCUAUUUCUGUCUGUGGUUUCCUCAUGUGACUUAUUUUAAGUUUAAAUCCACGAUGACAACUUAGUUACUUUUUUAUUUAUUUUAAAAUACAUUUUUAUCCUCAUUUUUCUUCUUGACUUUUGGUGUUCUUCAGAAAGCCUUUGGAAGUAAAUGAGUGACACUAACCGGUACGAUCAAUCACAGUCAGCGGUAUGCUCCGCUAAACCCUUGCAAGGCAAAGCUUUAUUUAUCAUGGAAGAAAAUGCUUGUCAACCAACACUAGAAGUUGCUAGGUUAUGCUUUUUCCAUUACUUUAUUCAUUAUCUUUAUUCAGUACCGUUUUCCAGACAUGAGUGAAGUUAAAAAAAUACCUGACAAAAAGAUAGACAAAUCAGAUGAAAUGAAAGCUGCAAAGAAGUAAGUGAAGGGAACUCCCAAAAAUACCAUUGCUAGGCCUUUUGGGGAAUGCUUCAUUUAGAAAAACUGACAGAAUACCAUCUUUCUCUUUUCCAUUCUAGGAAACAAAUGCUUUGCAGGCUCUAAUUGGGAUCUGAGUAUUUGAAAUAUUCCUCCUUUUAUAUUUUAAGACAUCUUCACAUUGCUUAUUGUUGUGAAGGCAUCCAAAAGGUUUUCAUUGAGUUAUUAAAGACCAUCAUGAAGAGACCUACUUUUAGCCUAUCUAAGCUUUAGAUUACUUAGUCAUUGGAGUUUAAAAUUUAAAAAAUCUGAAUGACAGCCCCCUAACCAAAUAGAACCUGUCAAGGCCCACACUCCAACAGGGGCCCACUGUCAUUUGCAUGUUCAGACCCAGAAACCUCCCCCCUACAUAAAUUUGCACUUGACUCAAAUUUUAGUUUGGUUUUGGCAGAAUUUAGGCCACAAAUUUAUUCGUUACAGAAAGUGACUGGUUGCAUAGGCUCUGGUCGACUAGCUCCCUGUCAUGCAGGUAGCACUGACCCAGGGUUCCAGCAUAGGUCAGCCAAGGGUGUACACCUGGAUAAGCGGAAAGCCAGGAACGGGCUAACUCCGCCACCCAAAUGUCCCCCUGGACUCAGGCACGGGCACAACCCCCUCUUUGGGGUUGACCAAACCAUCAAGUCCCUAGAUUCUUUUAAUGGAAUACCCUUCACACGGGGAUGGUGAGAGCGUUCUCCCAUCCCUAUCACCUGAACCAGAGCCUAUCCGCAACCUUAGAAGUUGUGAUGAUUUGCUACGUGGCAGGCGAAACCCAAAUGGCAACAGCCAAUCAGCCAAGUGGGGAAAUUCCUGCUGUGCCCGCGUCCCAACGACAGACGACACACGAUGGCAUAGCAAGGUCAAGCGUAAAAGCUCUAAAUAUAGGGAGAGGUUGGUGGUUGUUCCGAAUGCACGCACCAAAAGAGGAAGCUCUGGGUCACGUGCAUGGGCAUAAAUAGGUGCCUCAAACCGUUUGGACUGUGUCCCAUUGGCCAGAUUGUGCCCAGCUUCGAGGGACCUACGAAUCAGGAGUUGUGGCUGUCCAAUCAUACCCACCCACAACACAGGGUGUCGGUUUUCCAGGUCUCACCGCAAUACGUGCCCUCUUUAAGGGAGGACCCGAUAUCCCAAAGCCCACUGACAUCACUGCCUGCUGUGCCUUGUUUCUACUUGUCCUCUCCAAGCAAGGGAGCAGUAACAGGACUAAGGACAAGUAGAAAUAGACUCUAUUUAUCUUGCUUUCACUCUCUGGGUAUGUUGUGGAUGGGGCCCAGAGGAAGCUGACUUUUGAAAUUCCCUUAGAAUUUUAUUAUUUUAUAAUAAAAUAACAGAGACUCAAGGCAGCUUACAGAUAAAAAGAACAGUUUAAAACAUAAAAAAUAAAAAAUAAACAUUGGUAGAGUUAAAAUAACACACGCACACACACACACAGAGAGAGAGCAUACAGAAAAUUACAAUAAAAACAGCGCAGCACAUCUUGCCACUACCACUAAAAAUAAUAGUAUGGUCAGUACUGUUCAGACCGGUUACAAUGGUGAGUAUUUAUAGGGGGAGGGACACUAGAAAAUGAGAGGUGUUGAAUUUUGCUAUAAAUAAUAUUUUCUUCACUUUAUUUGGAAUUUGCUGGCUUUCUUAUCAUAACAGGAUGGCUGUCCACACCUAUUUAAUAUUGUGGAAUGGUAACAAAAACCACUUAGCUGUUUCAAUAAAUUUGUGUUUUGGACUUGAGGCAAAAAACCCAUAACUGGAGAUGAAUGUUUGACAAUUUUAUAAAGUUCUGGCUUGUGCACUGACAGGCUGUCAGAGACUCUCAUAAUUAAGCAUAUUUGAACCUGCUGUUGUUUGACAAAAUAAGUUUGGGAACCAGACUGUUGAUACUGGGAGGAGGGCGGGCAUCUGCAAAUUGUUCAGCUCCUUUAAAUGACCUUCCUCUCUUUGUUCGUGAAAGUUCUAGGCUGCUGCAGUGAGGCAGUUAUCAAAGGGGAUGCUGGUGACACGCUUGCUUGCGGAACCAGUGUUUUCAGCUCGCAUUGUCCUUGACCACUAGCCAUGCUGGCUGGUGUUGAUAGAAAUGGGAGUCCAACAAGACUGGAGGGCUACACUACCCCCACCCUGGUAGAGCUGGUGGUCUUAAUGGGAACCACAGCAUACAGGGAUGAGGUAUUAAUUGUUUCCCUAAUGAAAAUACCCUCUGUUCCUAAGGUGGUACCCUUUGUUCCUAAGGUGGUCUUUGCCAUCAUAGACAAGAUACAUGUAAUAUUUUCCUACUGGUUCUCAUUCAUGAAAGGGUGCAGGGAUAAAGGGAUAAGUCCCAUCCACUAUCCCCCUUUGCCAAGGUGCCAAUCCAAAUCACCCCCACAGCACACGUAUCUACGUAGUCACCCAGUGGCUGUGAAUUGCAAGUCAGGAGACCACUCUCCAUCCCCAUCGUUCAGCCCGGACACUGAGAUCCAGCGCUGAGGGCCUUCUGGCGGUUCUCUCAUUGUGAGAAGUGAGGUUACAGGGAACCAGACAGACGGCUUUCUCAGUAGUGGCACCCACCCUGUGGAAUGCCCUCCCUUCAGAUAUAAAGGAAAUAAGCAGCUAUCUUAUCUUUAAAAGACAUCUGAAGGCAGCCCUGUUUAGGGAAGUUUUUAAUAUUUAAUGCUGUAUUGUUUUUAACACUCGAUUGGAAGCCACCCAGAGUGGCUGGGGAAACUCAGCCAGAUGGGCGGGGUAUAAGUAAGAAAUUAUUAUUAUUAUUAUUAUUAUUACUCUUGUGUUCAGGUUCUGCUUGUGAGAUUCCCAUAUGCUCGACUUCUUAUGGUCUUAUCUGCCGCAUAUCACCUAGUUAGGCCCAGAAACAUUUUAUUUUAUUUCAAGAAAAAAGUUGGAAAAAAAUAUCCCAGAGGUUUCCUUGGUAGAAAGAGUAUAAGUUAGAAACUUUCAAAUCCCAUUGGCUUCCAUGGGGGAUUUACAGCAGCAGCAUAAACACGUUUUUAUCCGAAAGCAGGUCUUUCUGUGCUCAGUGGGACUUACUCCCUAGAAAGCAUGUUUAGCAUGGUAGCCUUAAGCAUAGACUUAAAUCUCUCAUCACUGAGGAACCUCAAGUGCUUAUAGUGUUUUAUUAACACGCACCACACCACUCCUUUUUUUCCCAUCACAGUAAUUUCAGAUAACCUCAAAGAAUCGCCACAGUUUGAUGCAGAGUGCUUCUUGCUGUUCACCUACGUACUGACCUUUCUUGUCAAACUAGCUUAGUUGACUGACCACCUACAGGAUUGAAGUCCUCACUGCAGCCCUCAUUGCUGGAACUGCAUCUUCUCAUGUCAACCCUUUCUUACCCUUUGUCAUGACUCCUCUCUCCCCCCUUUCUCUCUUUUAUUGGCUCUUUCUAUAUUUUCUUCCUCUGCCCUGCCUUCAUUGUCUCCCCUUUUUUCCCAACUGUAAGCUCCUCCGACAAAGGACUUAUGCCUUUCCCUCGUGUUAUUCUAUAUUAACAUCUUUUAAAAAAAAUUGUUGAUUUAAUUUGUAUUCUACCCUUCCACCCAAGGCUUGAAGGUAAGGGCUAUUGGUGUUUCGCAACUUUAACCUGUUGCAGGAUCUUAGCCAGACCGAGUUGAACAUAGCAGAGCAUACAUAGACUUCCAGAAGCAGUCAGUUGCAGGCAGGAAGGAGACGUUGCUACCAGUAACCUGGUUACUUAGAGGUGUUUAUUAUUUACAGUAGAUUCACAAGUUACUAUAUACAUGAACAGGUACGGAUCUAAACUAGCUCUCUUAACAAACUCCAAACAACUCUCAGAACACCACACUGACCAACACACUAUCCAGUAAGCAAGGUCAUGAGUCAUCAUGCCUGUGUGGAGACCUCAACCAAUAGUAGAGCUGUAUCCAAGGUCCCCUGUAUCUCUAGACAGAAUAACUCCCUCUGCUCAGUCUUCUUGGCCUUUGGCCAACUCUUAAUUGCUGUGUGUGAAGCUGCACGUAGGCAAAAUCCCAACAAGGGCAUCAUGGCUCAGUGGUAGAGCAUCUGCUUUGCAUGCAGAAGGUCCUAGGUUCAAUCAAUGGCGUCUCCAAGUCAGGGUGGAAGAGACCUGAAAUUCUGGAAAGCCGCUGCCAGACAAUACUGAGUUAGAUGAGCCAAUAGGUUGAUGUGGCAUAUGGCAGCUUCCUAUUUAAAAUUCCUUGGGAGGUACAUAGGAACAUAGGAAACUGCCUAACACCAAGUCAGGCCAAAAGUCCAUCUCGCACAAUAUUGUCCACACAGGCUGGCAAUGACUCUACAGGAUUUCAGGGAAGGGAAAUCCAGGCCCUUCCUGGAUAAGCCAAGGAUUGAUCCUGGGACCUUCUGCAUAUGAAAUGUAAAAUACAGUUCCAUUCGACUUCCAAAACAUUAAAAAAACAACAACAAAGUCUGGCUUCUGAUUGGCUUCAGGAACGUUCCGCUUCCAAAAAGUAGUUUGCAAACCAAAACAGUCACUUCUGGGUUUGCGACGUUCCGGAGCCAAAACGUUCUGGAACUUAGCUGUUUGACUUCCAAGGUACAACUGUAUGUAUAAAAACCAUAUAACAAUAUAGAACAUCAAGAGAGGCAGACAGAAUUAAAUUAAGAAUGAGAAAUUGCAAACAGUUCAACAGCUUGUGCAAAAACUCUCCACCAAUACCAUUGGCCUGACACUAAGCACUAACGCAGAGGACAGUCAAAUUUCUGUGGGGAUUUCUACACCCAGGGUGCCAUAGUAGAGAAAGUUUUGCUCUAUUUCUCUGUACUAGGGGUACCAAAUUGAAUAAAAUAUUGGGGGCUGGGGGGAGGUAAGCCCUUGGUAUAACAUUGGCACAGGUCACUGUGUGAAAUUUUACACAGCAACUCAUACUACUCUUGCCAGUCAUUGCCACUGCUAGUUAAGCCCAUUACUAAAAUAGUAAAGGUAAAGGACCCCUGACAGUUAAGUCCACUCUGGGGUUGCUGCGCUCAUCUCGCUUUACAGGCCGAGGAAGCCAAUGUUUGUCCGCAGACAGUUUUUCCAAGUCAUGUUAAUUAAUUAAUUUUAUAAUGAAUGAUUUUAGAGUGUUGUUUGUGCUGUACUUUUGUACUGUUUUAUUGUUGUUAGCCGCCCUGAGCCCGGCUUCGGCUGGGGAGGGCGGGAUAUAAAUAAAAAUUAUUAUUAUUAUUAUUAUUAUUAUUAUUAUUAUUAUUAUUAUUAUGUGGCCAGCAUGACUAAGCCACUUCUGGCACAACGGAACACUAAAACCAGAGCAGCGCAUGGAAAUGAUGUUUACCUUCCCACCAGAGUAGUACCUAUUUAUCUACUUGCACUUUUUGGCGUGCUUUUGAACUGCUAGGUUGGCAGGAGCAGGGACCGAGCAAUGGGAACUCACCCUGUCGUAGGGAUUCAAACUGCCGACCUUCUGAUCGGCAAGCCCAAGAGGCUCAGUGGUUUAGACCACAGCGCCACCUGCGUCCCAUGACUAGGGGUCUAUUAAUAUAGGAGAACACACACUAGAGAGCACUUUGCUAUGGGCAUUCUCAAACCAUGACCUGGUCUUCACUGCUCCAGGUGGUAGUCAUGUCCUUGCUAUUUAUAUAUUUUUUAUUUUGUCAGGACAUACAAACAGGUGUCUUCUCUGCUGGUUGUUGUACAUUCUUCCAUCAUCAACCAUAACAAACAAUUUACAUCCUUUGGCAAUAGCCUAAAACUGCUCUGCGUAAUUCCUAGACCUGUUAAUUUCUGUCUUAGGCAGUGUAGCUGCUCAUAAAACUACCCUUCUUCCUUAUCUUGGCUAACCAUGACUAAUGAAUUGGCCUGAAAUAAAUGCGGUUGCAGAAUGACUCAUUCGGCCUUGGGAGUUAUUGCAAAUUGUUUGUUUUUAACGAGGCCAGUCAUUACAGAGGGCAUGAGAACAAUGCAUUCUUUAAUUUCUGAGUAUAAUGGAGCAUUAUUUAAAAAGAGGGCUUGGGUUCUCGGGUCAAUGCAACAGUGUACACCUUCUGCCAUCAGUGGUGGACUUUGGGUUCUCAUAUUUCAGUAGUGCCCUGUGUGAUGCUAAAAUUUGGCACCACCUUAUUGUGCUCUGUUCUACAGUAUUGUUUUGGUGCCCACUUCACCAUGGCACCCAGUGCGACCAAACCAGCCACAUUAGCCUAAAACUGCCUCUGCUGUCAUUGAUAUAUUAUACAUAUUUGAAGUGUAUGGGUAAAUACACUGAUCUCAGCCCUGCCUCUUUACACAGAGGAUACACAGAUGUGCCCUACCCUUACCCCAUGGAGGGGGCCUUCAGUCAGAAAUGGGUGCCCCACAUCAAUGCACCUAUUGCAUUGGAGCACCUAUUGUCAACUUAGGUUGAUACACCAACUAUGCCCUUCUCUGUUCCGGGAUAGUUCGGUCACUGUGAUGUUACAGGUAUAAAUUUUAUAUCCAUGAAAUGCAAUGUUUGUAUGCAUUCAACUUUGAAAAACUUAUAUAAAGAUUUACAUUUGGAAAGUCGAGAAGUUUGCAUUGGGCAGGAGGUUUCACUCUAGCAAACAUGGCAGAAAAAGUUGGAUGUUUCCAGUCUUUACGCUAACUGGCGACUCAUGCUGGAAAGUCAAGCAGAGGAAAGAUGAAAACUGAGAACUCAGUAUCUUUGUCUGUCGAUGGAGCCAAGAGCAUUAGCAGUAAUGACUAAGUUCAGUGGUGAUGAUAGGUUGCAUUGGCAAUUUCUCUCCCUAAAGAAGAGGGGUGCACAUUUCUUGUUGUUUAAGAGCAAUGUGUUACUUUGCAUUUUGUAACAUUUCUUUGUAACUAUUUUAAGACUAUUCACUAAAGCAUUUCUACUCUGCACGCAGUCCACAUCAGGGAUUCAACUUGCAUCAGCUCUCACAUGUGAUUCAUGCACUGGUAACUUCACAGUUGGACUGACCUAGAGCUAAAUCAUACCUGGGCAACUACACUCAAUGUGCAACUUGAUGCCACUUCAUUUCCUGCUCUAAAUGUCAUUUUGAAUUGAGUGUCCCAAGGAAUUUACAGCUAAGAUUGCUGUCACCUAGUAGGAAUGUCAAUGGAGAGGACCGAACUUUAUUUAGCAUGUCUAGGCAUCAGAAAAUUGAGAUGCUCAAGAGCUUCUCAAGUUUCUGGAUGCCAGGAUGAGAGCCAACUGGAUCACAGACAUUUCUCAAGGGAUCAGAGGAAGGCAUAAUGUUUGCUUUUAAUAUCCUUUAUCGAGAUUGCAAUUUGUUUUUCUUCUACAAAAUGUAUGAUUCAAAAUGAUAUUCUAGGAAUCAAUUAGAAAUAUUUUCAGAGCUAGAUUGGAAUAUAAAUGUAGUUUCUUCUGACCUUUCCCAGUCAGCUGGCCAAGAGUUUUAGUGGGGCAGUGGGCUUGGAUACCAAUGAGUACCUAGAUUUUGGUUCUUCUGUCAUUUGUAUUCUUAUUCAGCAGGUUCAGCAUACUGGGUUUGAACUUGCUGAGACAUUUCUCCACCAGUUGUUUGCAAAUUCCUCCUGGCAGACAACUAUAUUUGCCAGUGGUUAAAGCAGUCUUCUCCAACCUGGUUCCAUCCAGAUAUUUUGGACUAAAACUCCCAUCAGCCCUGGACAUUAUUGCCAGUCAUCAGGGGGCAAUGGGAAAUAUAGAUUUAAACAUCUGGAUAGCACCAAGCUGGAAAAGGCUGGGUUAAAAGUGAAUGACCUGAACCGAUGACAUUAAGUUUGAGUAGUAGUAGGCUUAGCUCACUUCAGGGCUACUCAUACAAUAACAGGAAAGCAAGAAUAACAGGUCAAGGCAAUGUACAGACAGAGAAAAAGUUCUACUAGGGUAACUCUAAUUCUUUGCCAAAAAGCCCACCUGGUCUCAGACUGUAUGAAUCACACACAUUAAAAACAUUUACAUAAAUGUGCUUAUUUGGCCCUGUUUUAUUGUGCUAGUCAUAGGAAACAAAAAGCAGACUUGGAAAACUCCCCCAGGACGUAUUAACAUCUGGUACUUCUUUGAGAAAUCUUGUUCCUCAAAUGCGUUGUUUGUACAAAGUGAUCUUUUAAAAAGAGCUCUAGGUGAAACCCUUCAAGACGUGUUGAACUAGGUCACAAAGUUUUCUAAUGUUAUUGAAAAACUUGUUGUUCCUCUUCAACAUUAUCGGACUGGUUGGUCAACAGAGCAAAUUCAUCUCAAAUUGUCACUUUGGGCAAAACCCUACUAUAAAUGAUUAUGGAGAGUGACGUGUGAACUUACCCCGUCAGAAACUGUACUCAGUUCAUCAAAUCCCACAUUAAAAACUUGGAUGAAAGUUCUCUGUUUUUUCCAGAUCUUGUAACCAUAUACAAUUUGGGGGGGGGGCUCUUUAGGGAGGAAAGGUAGAGUAUAAUAAUAAGCAACCAAAUAAGUUAGUUCAUUCUGGCAAUGUGUGAUUUAUAGUGCAAUAGACUCACGGCAUACAUUGUGAUGUCAUGCAUCACAAAGCUUCCUUCUCUGAGAAAUUGUUUUCCUGUCUUACAGCAAGUUUGACUGUUGCUUCAAAAGUGAUGAACUGUAGAUGGAGUUCAUAUCCAAACUUUAAACCUAAUUGAUUUGACAAAGAGUAGCUUUGGGUUAAAAAGGGUUAAAAUAACACCACCCCAUGGGAAGAACCUGAGUAUGCAGAAUUUAGAUGAUUAGUUAUGUGGAAAGUGCAUGUACAAAAAAAAUCUGGAAAUGAACUCAGAAUUAAUUUAAUUUUGAAAUAUGGUAAUUUUAAGAUCUGUUAGACAGAUAGCUGGACUUGGUGCACAUUCAGCCAUUUAUGAACCUGAUAGUUCUGGCAUAUGAGCCACCUAAUUUUGAGUUUUGAUGGCAUCUCAGGAUAUGGGGCAUAGCUUCUUAAGGUUUAAGUUUCACCAGGCAACAGUUUUGCAUCAGUCUACUUUAGAUUACCAGUUGCUAGGGGAAAUAAGUGGGAGAAAGCUCUCACCCUCAUGUCUUGCAUGAGGACUUCUGGUUGGCCUCUAUGGGACCAGAAGGCUGGACUAGAUGGUGUCAAGUCCUUAUUUCCCCUUCAGCUUAGUCUUUGUAUAUUUCCCUGAAUUCUCUGAGGUUAUUGGACUUUCGCUGUGAAAGGAACUGAAAUCAAACAUUUCUUUAGUUCUAAGGAGUUGAAGCAUUGUAUUGUAGUGGUGCAGCCUCUUAUUCACAGAACUUACAUUAAAUGGACAAGACAGAUGGGUGGAAAUGGGCUAGGCGAGAAUGAGAUGGCAGCAGAGAGGUUGGUGAGCUCAAUCUUCUACUUUCCCCACAAAUCAUAAACCCUGGAGUCUCAUCGAUGCAAACUAGCAUCAUGAAUAAAAUCCGAAAUUGCAAAAUGAAAUAUUUCUGUCAUUUGCCUUUUAUUUUAGGCUUAUAGGUAUGAAAACCCUGAAUAGACUUUUUUUGUGAAUUAGGCAUAAGGCAUGAUGAAAUUGCACAGGGAAUCCUUCACAUCAUUUGAUGAGAUGAUAAAUGACUAGCUGAAGUGGAGAAAUGCUCUGAAUUUAAAAAGAAAUCUAGAGAGAGAGCUCAUUAUAUCAAAUCGCACAUCAAUGGGCCCCAAUGACAGCAAAAGUGACUUCAAAUGAAACUGAGCAUUCAUAAAGAGUGAGGGUGUCAGAUUCCCAUUUUAUUCAUUCUGGAGUGAAGCUUCUUCUAAUUCUGUUAUUUCAAGUGACAUCAUUUGGUAACUUGAGGAAAUCAGAAGGGACCAUUCACGUAGCACCUAUAGCACAUUCUUAAAGGACCCCUGACCAUUAGGUCCAGGCGUGACCCACUCAUCUCGCUUUAUUGGCCAAGGGAGCCGGCGUACAGCUUCCGGGUCAUGUGGCCAGCAUGACUAAGCCGCUUCUGGCGAACCAGAGCAGCGCACGGAAAAGCUGUUUACCUUCCCGCCGGAGUGGUACCUAUUUAUCUACUUGCACUUUAACGUGCUUUCGAACUGCUAGGUUGGCAGGAGCAGGGACCGAGCAAUGGGAGCUCACCCCAUCGCAGGGAUUCGAACCGCCGACCUUCUGAUCAGCAACUCCUAGGCUCUGUGGUUUAUCCCCCCCCCCCUUAAAGUCAGUGUGUAUCCAAAAGGGAACUUUUCUGCACAAUAAACCUAUCAUUUCAAAUGCAUUGGAUUGUAACAAUCUGACAACUGAUAUUAGAGACCUUUGGAGAGGAACUUCACUUUAUAAGUCAUCAUAUAGGUGGUUCCAGUUUGUGGUCGCACCACUAUUGUAUAUUACCUUGCAUUAUCAUUCUUCUGUUGUGUUUGUAUCAGUGAAGCUUCCUGACACUGAUUGACUGAGCUGGUGUGAUGGCAUGGAAUGUUCAGCUGCUCAGGCAACUAAACAGCAGCAGUGGUAUUUCUAAGAGGGAAGGGAAUGUUGUCAGUUUGGCUGGGAUUAAAGCCCCCUGGUAAAGGUGAGGAUUGAGAAGAGGUUUCAGAAUGUAUGGAACCUGCUGUGUAGCAGGGGGACAGGUACCCUACAGCAGACUCUGGCAUCCUCAGAUAUUGGAACACAGUUCCCAUCAUCCCCUGCCAGUUUAGCCAAUAGUCAGAAUUGAUGAGGGCUGUAAUCCUAAUAUCAUUUGGAGACCCAACUUUGAAGAAGGCUGCUCUAGAAGCAGAGGCCCAAGUCAUAGCAUCAUAGCAUCAUAGAAUCUUAGAGUUGUAAGGUACCCACAAGGGUCAUCUAGUCCAACCCCUGCAAUGCAGGAAUCUCAGCUAAAGCAUCCAUGACAGAUGGCCAUCCAACCUCUGUUUAAAAGCAGAGAGUCCACCACUUCUUAUGGGAGUCUGUUCCACUGAUGAACAGUGUCAGACUGUCAGAAAGUUUUUCCAAAUAUUUAGUCAGAAUCUCCUUUCCUGCAACUUGAAGCCAUUGGUUCGAGUCCUACCUUCCAGAGCAGGAGAAAAUAAGUAUGUUCCCUCCUCCAUGUGACAACCCUUAAGAUAUUUGAAGAUGGCUAUCAUAUCUCCUCUCACUCUCCUCUUUUCCAGGCUAAACAUAGCCAGCUCCUUCAAGUGUUCCUCAUAAGGCUUAGUUCCCAGACCCUUGAUCAUCUUGGUUGCCAUCCUCUGCACACGUUCUAGCUUCUCAACAUCCUUCUUAAAUUGUGGUGCCCAGAAUUGGACACAGUAUUCCAAAUGUGGUCUGACUAAGGCAGAAUAGAGUGGUACUAUUACUUUCCUUGAUCUGGACACUAUACUUCUGUUGAUGCAGCCUAGGAUAGCAUUUAUUUUAUUUUAUUUUUUGCUGCUGCAUCACACUGUUGACUCAUGUGAAGCUUGUAGUCCACCAAGACCCCCAGAUCCUUUUCACAUGUACUGCUAGUAAGUCAUGGCAAUGGAGUGAGAAAUGACUCCUAAAGGAAGGAUAAUCAGCCUGAGGGAAAGUGCAAUGGUGACAGAGAAAGCUGAAGAAAGAAAGGACUGAACAGAAAGGAGUCUGGGAACUCGCAGUACAGGAAAGCAAGAUGGAGAAUGCCACAGAGGAUGGUUUAGAGAAAAGGUAGCUAAAGGUAUAUAUUGUAGUUGUAACAGAAAAGUUAUGUUUCUCCAGCAUUGUGAUCAAUGUGAGUGUAGGGUGGUAGGGUGGUUUUGGUGAAGCAACCCCCCCCUUCUCUCUGUGUGUAUAUACAGUGGUACCUCGGGUUAAGAACUUAAUUCAUUCCGGAGGUCCGUUCUUAACCUGAAACUGUUCUUAACCUAAAGUACCACUUUAGCUAAUGGGGCCUCCUGCUGCCGCCGUGCAAUUUCUCAUCCUGAAGCAAAGUUCUUAACCCGAGGUACUAUUUCUGGGUUAGAAGAGAUUGUAACCUGAAGCGUCUGUAACCUGAAGCAUCUGUAACCCGAGGUACCACUAUAUGUGUGUGUGUGUGUAACUUUGCAUAUCAAUUCGCAGAAACUGUGACUCCAGGCUUCUAGAUCUCCAUAUGGUAAAACAAAUGUAUAUGAAUGAUAUUAACACAUGUGCUAAUGUAGCAUCACAAAGAACCGUAAGAUUAUAGAGAAAAAGGGAAGUCCCUAAGUGGUGGAAGCUUGUAGUGUACCCUUAUUGUAAGAAACCCAAGAUGCAUUGCUGUGAAGAAGUCCACUUUCCAUGUUGGUAGGAGCUGCAACACUGAAUUGAAACUGCUGCAAUAUGCUUACCAGCAAAGGCUGCUUGGGACAUCUGUGCCUCCCACCCCUUGCCACCCUCAUUAAAUAAGAAAUCACUAGCAGUGCUUGAAUUCUUUUCUCUGUGGAAUGAAGAGGUUGAUUUCUUGCUUUUAGUCUGAAUUGCAACUAGGUCUCUGACAGCUGAUCUACUGUUGAGUUGAGUGCAUGAAGCAUGCAUUUGUGCAACUCUUCAACAAAGUCUCCCAUGCUGUUGAAAUCACUAAUAUGUGAGUGCAUCAUGCCUUGGUGAAAUCACUUGCUAAGGGGGGAGGUUUGUGAGCUGGUAGCUGGAUCUUGCCUAUACUUCUGAUUGGCUGAAUCUCUUUGCUGCCAUCUGCUGGUUGGAAUAUAAAUUUGCUACAGCCACCAGUUGGCUGAAGUAUGUAUUUGCAAUGCACCCAUAUUCCUGGCUCUCACCUUCUGGGGAGCUGUCUCAUGUAGUGCUCUCAAGAUUUGCUUCUUUGUAGUAAAGACAAGGGAUCACACAUCACUGGCUGAAUUAGUCAUGAGUUAGGUUCAAACAACAAAGAUUCCAUUGGCACAUCUAGGUCUUUAGGAGGUGGACAGCUUUGAACUGGAUGAGUGCUGCCAGGUAAGAGAAAAUGGGGGGAGGAGGUGAUCAGUUAUGAUAAUACCAAAAUCCAGGUCAGGAUCCUAAUUGAUAGCCCAGGAAUUGCCCCAAAGGGAGAGGUUCUUCCUCCAGUAUGCUCCUGAGACCCACACUCCCAGAGCCAACCACCACAGCCAAUUGCUAUGGUCAGCAACCCAGUCAAACUUUUAAAGAUGUAUUGUGGUGGCAAAUUCCACAGUGUGGGCUGUGCACAGAGGUUCUUUGUACUUCAUCUCCCCAAUGCACUUAGUUUUUCUCAUUCUUUUGCGUCUCCUCACCACCACUGUACUGCCAGUGUUCAGAAAACAGUACCAAACAAUUUUGAUAUGACUGUAGAUGUGCUUGCACCAAUAUUUGGUUUGUGUAGUGUGUUAAUGGCCACAUGUCUGUUCCCUUAUGCAGUGAUAAAACCCCAUACCCAAAGAAUCAUGAUACCACCCAAGAGAAGAUUGCAGCAGGAGAAAGAUUGCUUUUAUUUUAUAUUCAUUUUUUGAAACACACAGGCAAACUCAUGGGUAAUGUUGACAAGGAGAAGACACAGACCAAGUCAUGGAACUUUGGAAAACUUGCAUUAUAUACUGUGGAAUUGUUUGUGGGCAGAGACUCCAAACAAUGCAGAUUUCCUACUGCAUCCAUUCUAGUUUGGAAGCAAAGACCAGGUGCCUUGGAAAUAGAAGAUCUGGAGUGAAACGACAGAUGGGGAAAAUAUCUGAAACAUCCCUAAUUCAAAUAGAUGGACGUUUGAUUUGACCCAGAAUAGUUCAGCUCAUGUUUUUAAUCAGAUGUGGCUUAAAUUCUUACUCCUCUUCUGUGAGAGGUUUGGAUGAUGGCAACAUGAGAGUGGAUCUUUCCUGUGGUGGCCCCCCUUGUGGAACUCUCUCCCCAAGGAGGCUCACGUGGCAUCUUUGCUGCAUAUAUUCAGACACCAGGCAAAAACACCCCUCUGCUCCUAGGCCUUUGGCUCAUUAAACAAUCAAUGUUUUUAACCUGGGGGCGGUGGUAUUUUUUUUGUUUUUAUGUUGUGAAGUGUCCUGUGUUCGUCAGAUGAAGGGUGGUAUAGAAAUUUAAUGAAUAAUAAAUAAAAGUAACAAUCAGGUGUGUUCUUUAAAUGUAGAUUGCAGGCACUUUUUAUGAUGGUACACUUUGCAAAAUAAUCAGUGUUUUCUGUGGAAUAUAAAAGGAGUCCUGCUAGAUCACACCAAAGGCCCAUCCAGUUCAGCACUGAGCAACCAGAUGCCUCUGAGAAGCCAACAAAGAGGACACACGCACAACAGCAGCGUCCCCCUCUGAUCUCCUGCUCCGGGCAUUCAAAGGUCUGCUGCUUCUAAUACUAGAUCCCUUUUGCAUCCCUUUUAAAGCCAUCCUAAUUGCAGCCAUCACUACAUCCUGUAGUGAAUUCCAUAGUUUAACAAUGCGCUGUAUGAAAAAGUACUGUUUUUCGUCAAGUGGGGCCUGUUAAUUUUCAGUGUCUCACGAACCUGUCAAGCAGCACAGUUUCUAAACACACACACACACACACACACACACACACAGAGUGGUUGGCUUGCUGGAAUUCUAUUUCCCGAACAAGUGCUAUUUUAAGAGUAGUUCAGCCUCCUAAUGUCAGCCUCUAAGAAUUGAGCCUGGUUCUGUCAAUAGGCAGAACAAAACUUAGGAAGCAGUUUCUGGGGCUAGAACAGCCCCUACCAUCGGCCCAGAGUCUCCUAAGAUGGCCUGCUCUGCACCCUUUAAACUGGCAUGCUGCCCUUGGGCAAGGUGGAGGAAGUUGUCGCACCCUCACUGUUGAAGUAAGAAUCAAAUGGCAGCCUGUUCAAGUUCUGUAGGUGGAGUUGAGGAGAGGAAUUUCUUCUUGAGCUUCAUUUGAGGCAGGCAAAUGUGUUGAGCUGGCCCAUUACUUGCCAUGAAGCUAAGAUGGAAAGAAAGCAUGUCAUACCAUCCAACAUUUUCUGAUGCAAAACCAGGACACACAUUUUCUGGGACGCACACCUUCCAGGAUGUGCUCCCCGGCGAGUCACGUGACCCAUGCCUUGUUCUUGCUCCCCCCCAAAAAAGUGCAAGUGGGGGAGGGGAGAGCGCAGUGCAAAAGCACAGGAGAAUGUGGUAUUCAAAAUGGCUGCCAAGGUCCUGCAAGAAAAAACUUGGAAGAUAUGGUUUCUCUCUGUGAGAUAUAAAACACUGGUUCCUAAGGCUUAAAGUCCUAGGAGCCUUUAUCCUUUCCCCGAUUGCAAAAUCCCGCCCCUGUCCUCCAGUUGGUUGGUGGGUGGCACAGAGGUUACAGCCUCCCAGAACCCCAAUGCCCAUUCCUUAUUGCCCUUAUUUGGUCAAAGCCUCCCUAGCAUUUACCUAUUGACGUUAGCAGUAUAGCCUUAUCCAACCACAAAUUAACCUGAAACUGUUCUUAACCUGAGGUACUACUUUAGCUAAUGGGGACUCCCGCUGCCACCAUGAUGCAAAAGGAACCCGAAGCCUUCGGAGCACAGCGCGAGUUCCUGCUGUGCUCCGGAGGCUUCAGGUUCCUUUCACUGAAGCCAGGAGAGUAUUGCUCCCCCAGCUUCAGCAAAAGGAACCCGAAGCCUCCGGAGUGCAGCGGGAGCUAUCCCUGAAGCCUGGAGAGCAAGAGGGGUUGGUGCGCACCAACCCCUCUCACUCUCCAGGCUUCAGCAAAAGCAACGCGAAUCCUCCGGAGCAUGGAAGGAGCGCUCCCUCUGCGCUUCAGAGGCUUCGUGUUGCUAUCGCUGAAGCCAAGAAGCCUGCAUUCUCUCCAUAGGACGCACACACAUUUACCCUUAAUUUUUGGAGGGGGAAAAGUGCGUCCUAUAGAGCGAAAAAUACGGUAACUACAUAAACAUUGAAACACAUCAGUAAGAACUGGCUGGCAAAGAUACCCUGGUUCCAAGCUCCACAAGGUUUUGCAUGCUCGUACCUGCACCUUGGAUUUAGCCUGGCAGCUUAUUGGCAGCUACUGCAAUUCUUUCAGCAGCGGUGUAACAUGAUGAAUAGUCUGCCUCAGUGAGCUGUCGAGCUGCUGCAUUUUGCACUAGCUGCCAUUUCUGGGCCAAUCUCAGAAGCUGCAACCACAUAACAAUGAUGCCAGCUAUGCAACAGCUGAUUUCCCUCGCUAAUUAAACAUGCAUACGCACAACUUCAAUUUACCUUUAUAUAAGGUGAUAACAGCCUGGGAAUAUGAUUCAGCUCUCCAAACGAACAAGCUUUCCUUUCUCUCCUACUAGCUCAGGGCUAAAAUAAGCCAUUUGUGGGGGUUAGAAAGAGACUGCUUAGUAGUAAAUCUUCAGCGCCUCUCAUUCCUGUCUGCAUCUUAGAGCAGGGAAAUUGCAGGAAGCGUUGUGCAUUCUGUCACUGGAAUUCUACUUCUUAACUCUCCCAGGAAUUGCACAAAGGCUCAUGAUGGUUACUUGCCUUCAGUUGUUACACUGUGAGUACAGAAUAGGAGAAGGUCUACACUGAAGAUCGUGUGUCCUCCUGGCCUUUAGAAAUUAUGUGAGACAUCUGGAUGUGUUAUGUCUCUGUAAUGCUGCAAAUACUUCUUGCCAUUCUCUGAUUGAUUGAUGACUUUGCACACACAGCUAGCUGUGACUUGAUUGUCUGGGGGCAGAGUAAUCAUACGUGGUUUGCUCUUCCAGCUUUCAAACUAAUUAGGAGCAUCCUUCUAUCAUGGACAAAAAAGGAGGAGGACUCUACUUCCAGUCAUAAACAGUGCAAUUUAUUGAUAUUCUCCAAUAGGCUAGCAAAGGUGGUGCGCAGUUCAACAAAGAUGCAUGGUUAUAUCUAAGCCUUCCUCUCAAGUAAGUUCACUAUCCCAGAGAACUGACAAAGGUUUACUGAAAAACCCAGCUAAAAUGGAUACGGGCAUCUGAUGUGCUUGCUGUGCUUGGAGAUGGGAGAUGCUGAGCUUUCAAAGUGUCUGCUGAUGGCUGGAUUUCCUCCCCCACUUGCUGCAUCGGUCCCCUUCCCUGAGCACGAAGGACUGCUUAUUGAGGAAGGCUUUCCACACAGCAGGCAACAGAAAAUCCCCCAAAGAUGUGGCACAGUGGCACAACGGACUCUUCUCCCUCCCCUGAGCCCUAUGUUAGUAAAGCACAACGUGGCAGCAGCAUUUUAUGCUGGGGGAUCAUGGCAAUUAUAGCUCAUCUUCCACGGUUCCCAAAUAUUGUUCUCCUGAACUUAUUAUAGUGGUUUGCUGACACCGCUGAAUUGAUUUACUGCCUUCACUAGGUUGUCUGGAUUGCCUCAGUAUUGCAAGAUAGCAUAGGGAGAGCAUUAUUGCUCUGACGUCUCGUUUGUCGGCUCCCCAUAAGUGAGGAGAUUUCACCCCUCCCAUAUCCGAGAAUCUCCUGAGGAGUCUGCUGAUUCUCCAGAGAGGAGGAGGCGUGUUCUGCUCUCUACUUAUUCUGCUCCAGCACCAAGUCAGUCAGUCAGUCAGUCAGUGUCGGGGAAAGAGAGAGAGACUGAGUGUUAGAGAUCAUGUGUAGAGAUAAGGUUGCUGCUAAGAGCAGCUGCAGACACUCAGUGCAGUGCAGCAUUCAUUUAUGCUUAGACCUAUUUAGCUCUGUAUAUAGUUGUAUAAUAGUUGUAGAUAGAAUAAAGAAGAUAGUCUACAGAGCUGCUCUCCGAGUUGUUUAUAUACUCUGCUAGACUCUGCUGUACUCUGCUGUGCGACGACUGUCUUCUUGUGGAAGUGAAUCCGGUGCUCACAACUCUAAGCUGUGAGUCCACAGCACUUUGACCUGUUCCUGUGCAGAAGGUGGUCUCUGGAAGUGCUACCCAGCUCGCCUAGCCCAGUCGGGGCUGAAGUGGAUGAGUCCAGUUGAUGGCACUGGCUCAAGGGCGAUGCUGACAAUAAGCAUCUAGUUGGCCACUGGAUGCUGAACAAAAUGGGCCUUGGGCCUGAUCUAGCAGGGCUCUUUUUAGCGGUUUGUAUGACAAUGAAAUAAAAGGAACAGCAUGCUGCGGGACGCCUCUCUAAGUGAGAGUGAUUACUAUUAACUCUAAUUGUCUUCAUUGAAGAUAAGGUAGCACUUGGCUUCCAAGAAAGGCUCUCUGGUUGGUUAAUUGCAGGACAGCUCACCUAUUCUGUUGGUGUCCUGGAGUGCCCAGGAAAGGUCUACGGCUUGCUGGUAUCUGAAGGUGACAAGCACUGGUAAUCUUCCUUUUCUUAAGGUGUCAAGAAGAUGCAGCCACUACAGUUCAUUAAUAAGUCUCUGUUGUGGGCAGGUUUUGUUUGGAUGGAGCCUUAUGGGGAAAAAAUGCUUUUAGUGAAGCUUUGUGGACACAAGUGUUGCACUACAAUGUACAGUGGACGCUUGGGUUGAGAACGUGAUCCGUGCCGGAUGCAUGUUCGCAACCUGCAGCGUUCGCAACCUGCAGUGGCGCAUCUGCGCAUGCACGGGUUGCGAUUUGGCACUUCUGCGCAUGCGCGACCGCCGAAACCCGGAAGUAACCCGUUCCAGUACUUCCGGGUUUUGGUGGGUCCGUAACCUGAAAAAACGCAACCUGAAGCAUCUGUAAUCCAAGGUAUGACUGUACUUGAACAAUGUUAUUAUUGAAUAAAAGUAGUUAACUCAAAGGUAGGCAAUAUGGUACCCUCAGUAUGGUAUGGGACUCCAACUCUUAUCAGCGCCAGACAACAUGGCCAAUGCUCAGGGAUGUUGAGAGAUGUGAUUAGCAUAUGAACGGCCACAACAUUGGCUCCCCCUGGUUUAAAUGUUACACUGACUUACGUUAACAUCAGUUUCCUUGGUGAAAUGGGUUCUCAGUGAAUUGUAACAAAAAAGAGGACUUAACAAACUUGUGAAAGUUGUUUGUAGAGAUUAAAAAUUAAGCUGACUGCCUUUUUGCCUGUGAAUGAUAAGUUAUCUAUAACAAUGUGGCUUUUAAUAAAAAAACAAGUUAAUGUCUGCUUACAUCGUGCUUUCAGUUUGCAUUAAUCAUAUUAGUGCAAAAACGAUAAUGGUCAAAAAAAUUCAUUUUAAUUAUGGAAGUUUUCCUUCCCAAGUAAAGAUUUCCACUAAGGUUACUUUGUUGGACCAAAAAGUAUUUAUCUGUCAGCAGCGAAUCUACGAAAGUCAGCUGCCAAUAAACAGUUUCUUAUGGAAUUAGUGGCUAAUAAGCAAUUGCUUACAAAUGUAAUGUUUAUUAAAAAGCAACCUUUAAAGGCAGUUUUACUGCUUCUGCAGAGUUUUCAGUGUCCCAAAGGCCUCAUAUUGAUCCUCCACUAGCAUAAUGCCAGCCUAAUGCUAUUAACUGAGAUUUUUCUAACUUGUAAAUUUGGAGAGAGAGGCAUGUCUUUUGAUGGAAUAUGACCCUGCAUGAAUGGAGCACAGCCAAUAUGGAGAGAUUACUAAAUAUGAAAUAUAUUUAAUAGCUCCACAUCUAAAAAUAUUUAAUCUCUGUAAACAUGGCACCCAGAUGAGAUUUGAGAUUAUUUCUAUCUGAAAUCUGAGGGUAAAAAAAUUGACAUGCAAAUCAAAGAACAGAUGGAAGAUAAAUAUUGGUGGGAAUUCUGACAAAAUCUUGGACAAUGUGUUGCAUUUAGAGCUGCAAAAUCUACAUUUAAAUUCAUUGAGGCAGAUGUCAGCCUGCUUCAUCUCAUAGCUUCCUUCUUUCCUUUGCUUCUUCCUUUUGUUGCAAAGUUAAAAGAAGACAAUAACAUUAAAACUUUAGCUGUAUCCAGGUAUUCUAGACUGAGAAGGACUGGACAUCAGUAAGAAGACAGACAGGUGUAGGAUGGAUGAGGGGAGAUUGCUGUCCCAUUAGAACAGACCAGCCUGUACUGAACAUGCAUAAAAACUCUGUUAUAAGUUCUGCAACGUUUUUGGUGAAUCUGAUAAGUGGGAAUUUCUGUGUAUCUCCUGUUAAAGUACUACGUAUUCUCUAGCAAUGCAAGGAAUAUACAUAUAUCUCAAAGUCUCGUGUGACAGGGCAUUAUAUUAAACACAUGAUGUUUUCAAUCACUUCCUACAAACUGAUAUCUGCAUCCACAAGCAUAGCCCCCUUCCCACCUGUAAAGUACAAUUUGGAAUGUCAUGACUUGCUUCAUAGUGCAGGAGUGCUUAAAUGAAUUCUGACAGUGCUAUUAGUGUCCUGAUCUUGAACUGAAGUACUAGUCAGCUCUGCUUAAGUCACUAUUCUCAGGAGCCACAAAUAAACAUGCAAUUAAAUGGGUGCCAUAAGUUAAUCAGAGCAGAAUUAGCGAAGAAGUGGGCAACUGAGGAACCUAGGAAUUGCCAUGCCAGAUCAGAUUAAGGGAUAUUUUAGACUAAAAGCUUGAAUUCACUAGUGUCUGUCCAGUGGGCUUUCAGGAAGAGUUAAAUGCCCGGAAUGUAGUAACUAAAAGCAGAGCUCAUGAAACGACCCAUGAGUUAUAGUUGAUCCUAGUUUGCUAUAGUUACUACUCCCUUCUCUCCAUACAUGUCUCUCUAUGUGUGUAUCUGUAUGAAGGUGAGGAGGAUUCUAGUAAUUAUCUGGACUAGAAGAAAUGAAUUACGACUAUCCAUUACAUUUAUCAGUCACUUUAUGCAACAAAAAGUCUCAAGGUGAUUAGACAAAGUAAAAUGCAGCACAUAAAAACAGCUUGAAACCAUAACAGUUUUAAAACACUGAACAACCCGAAAUGCAUAAAAUGCUCCUCCUGCAAUAUGUUAAGUCAGUCCUACCCAACCCAUUAAAAUAUGUCCAGUCAUGAAAACUAUGUGGCUGUGCUGCUCAAGAUAGUGAUCUUGAGGCCCCAUUGUCAGUCAUGGUGGCUUUCACCAUCAAGUAGAGUUUUGCUUAGCAAAGGGAAUGUGUGCAGAGGAGGGCAACCAAGAUGGUCAAGGGUCUGGAAACCAAGCCUUAUGAGGAACAGUUGAAGGAGCUGGGUAUUAGCCUGGAUAAGAGGAGAGUGAGAGGAGAUAUGAUAGCCAUCUUCAAAUAUCUUAAGGGCUGUCACAUGGAGGAGGGAACUUAUUUGUUUUCUCCUGCUCUGGAAGGUAGGACUCGAACCAAUGGCUUCAAAUUUCAGGAAAGGAGAUUCUGACUAAAUAUUUGGAAAAACUUUCUGACAGUAAGAGCUGUUCAGCAGUGGAACAGACUCUCAUAAGAAGUGGUGGACUCUCUUUUUAAACAGAGGUUGGAUGGCUAUCUGUCAUGGAUGCUUUAGCUGAGAUUCCUGUAAUGCAGGGGGUUGAACUAGAUGACCCUUGGGGUGCUUUCCAACUCUAUGAUUCUGUGAUUUGAUGAAUGGAUAGCACUGGCAACAGUCCAUGCCAGUUUCGAUUGGGACCCAAACUUUGGAUGGUGUGUGUGUGUGUAGACAUGGGAUUGGUCUCAGGGUGGACAAAAUACGCACAUGCUUAUUAUUGAGCCUGCCCUCCCUCCACAGCCUGACAUUCACCAGCUUCACUGACUGCCACAGCAGGAGGAGCAAGGAAAGUUGCUUUCCAUUGCUACAUCUGGGUAGUCACUUCACAGAGUUGAGAUAUUCCAGGCAUCCAGCCAGUGGCCUGUAGCAAGAACAGCUGGUGUUCUUUUCAUUUUUGCAUUGGCGGGUUGUUUACCUGUUUAACACAUUUAGCUGUAGCAUCCUUUGUUUUUUAAAACAGCGAUAUGACUACUCAGCCCGUGUACAAAUCGAGCGAUCUGUUUCCAACAGCCUCCUGCAAAAGUGAUUUUUCCUUAGAUGAACAUGAACCUUAAACCCAAUUCUCUUUCCUCGAGGCCCUCCAGCUGCUAACCGUAGCAUACAUUAACAACCAUGCCACUUAGGAGAUUUCUAAAGCACACCCUGAAGUAAACAUUUGCAGUCCAGCACUCUUUCCUAAAAUGGCCACUCUUGACCUCUACUUCAGCGGUGGUAAACAAACUGAAACUCCCACUGUCUUCAGAAAGAGUUAGCUUUCUCUCGCUGGUUUUCCUGGCUGGAGACCAUGGGAAAGGAGACCCAAUUACUCUUCUCAGCCCUUGCACUUUUCAAUUCUUUUAUUGCCUUCUUCCUCUCUGAGUGUUGUUUAAAUAAUCAUUCACGGCAUUUUGUAAACCUCUUUUAAGAGAAGCUUUUGUAGCUUUCCUCUUGCUUUGGAGAAUUUGCUUUGCAAUUUCUUUGCUGUGCACAAGCUUGGACAGAGCCCUCUCUAGAGAGAUGGCUGAUAAACAUGAAUAGAAGUCAACAAAAGAAAACUCUGCUCCUUCUUCCUAUUGAUUCAUGCUGAUACCGAGCUUCUUAAUUGGUGAUGGGAUGGGAAGCUGCCCCAUAGAGAGAGUAGAUGUGGUGGUUAGAGUGCUAGACUAGGGUCUGGGAGACAGGGGUUCAAAUCCCCACUCAGCCAUAAAGCUUACCAGAUGACUUUGGGCCAUCUUUCAGCCUAAUCUAUGGAGAGGGGGAGUAGUGUGUAAGUCACCAAGAGCUCCUUGCAAAAAAGGUGGAAAGAAAUAAUAAUAAUAAUAAUAAUAAUAAUAAUAAUAAUAAUAAUAAAAUUUAUUUAUACCCCGCCCAUCUGGCUGGGUUUCCCCAGCCAAUUUGGGUGGCUUCCAACAAAAUAUUAAAAUACAGUAAUCCAUCAAACAUUAAAAGCUUCCCUAAACAGGGCUGCCUUCAGAUGUCUUCUAAAAGUCUGGUAGUUGUUGUUCUCUUUGACAUCUGGUAGGAGGGUGUUCCACAGGGAGGGUGCCACUACCGAGAAGGCCUUCUGCCUGGCUCCCUGUAACUUGGCUUCUCGUAAUAACAUAAUAACAAACAAACGUAAUAACAAACAAACAGAUCGGGCUAUUGGUCCCUCUACCCUACCACUGGGAGCAACUCUCCAAGAUGUUGGGUAGGGAUCUUUCCCUGGAUGAGGGGGUAAUGUAAUUCAUCUAAAGGCAAAACUAUCUAAGUUGCACUUUCUGAAAUGAUAUGCAAACUGAAACACAAUUAUCCUUCAAAAUUCACAGUUCUCAGAAUUUUGCCGUGCAGUUCUCCAGCCUAGUAAUGUGUACCAAAAUCCACCUGCAGUCCUAGGGCAAAGGAUACAUAGAAAUGCAUACACUGGUGAAAGUAGUAUACAAAGAUACAUUGUAUUGGGGGAAAUUGUUUUGCAAAAAUAUGUACUUUGGGGGAAAUUGCAUACAAACAUGUUUGGAGAAGUUCACUGUUGUGGAAAUGUUGGGAACUGAACUUCAGUUUGGGGAAAUGAGAAACUGUGAGAAAGCCAAAUGAUCAGAGCUUCCCAUCCCUACUUGUACCUGAUCCCAUUUUAGCGGGAGACGGAAGCUGGGGCCAACAGCAUGCAAUAUGUGUGCUCUACAACUGAGCUACAUAGAGCAAACAUGCAGCAGGAUCACACCAGUAAUUCCUGUUCCCACUUGUGCCUGUUCACUUGACUGUUUCAACACAUGUAUGGAACCUAUAUGUAUCCCUUUUGCACAUACAUCAGCACUAUACAGCCCAGCCUUCCCCAACAUGGUGUCCUCCAUUUGUUUUGGACACACCCAUCAAGCUUCAGCCAGCUUGGAAAAUAAUAAAAGAUGGCAGGAGUUGUAAGACAACAGCAUGUGGAAGACAGCAGGUUGGAGAAGGCUGGUACAAACAGUCUAGAGCAGAGGUGGAGAAUUUGGCCACAGAGCCUAGGACUUGCUGAUCAGAAGGUCGGCAGUUCAAAUCCCUGUGACAGGGUGAGCUCCCAUUGCUCAGUCCCUGCUCCUGCCAACCUAGCAGUUCAAAAGCAUGUCAAAGUAGGACUUCCGGGGGAGGCGCCUCCGGUAAUGGCAGAAUUCCUCUGACCGGGAGGAAUCUGCUCCGUGGAAAUCUGGGUCUGGCCGCCACGGCGAAGGCGGAGACCCGUUAAAAUCACAGGCGGGAGAAGCCUGUGAACGUGGGAUUUGGCGGGCACCUUUUGCGCCUCCCCCACUCGCGGGGAACCCUGGUUUUUGGGGCUCCGGAGCGACGUGGGGUGAGCGGCACGGUGCAUCGAAUCGUCUGCUUCUUCCACGGAGCGAAGCCGCAUAGCUGUUGCCAGAGAGUGCUGACCUUUUCCUGUGGACAAUUUGACUUUAAAGUAAUUACCCGUGAGCAGAGCUGAAACAGAAGAAUUGGAUUUCUAAAAGUUUAAUUUGGUAUCGUAACGGGGAGGUUCAAAACAGGAAGUCCGCUUCCCCUUUUGUAAAUAGACUGAGGCAAUGAAGUUGCAAGCUGGAGUCCUGGAAGGUCUUUUGUAAAAGAUCAAAUUUCCAACGGUAAAGAACAUUAAACCCCCUCUUGGAGGCAGGAGAAGAGAGGGGGAAGUUGCGGAUUGAGUAUGCCUGCGGGAGAGAGUGAAGAGAUUUAAAACACCGCCGCUCUGACCCUGGAAACGGGCUGCUAGUAGGACUGACGUCUUUUGGAAUGUUCAUUGACAGCGCUUAGAACGUUCAUUGACAGCUAGCUAAAUAAGAGAAAUACAUUGUUUCUACUGUCUCCGGCUGCUUUAAAAGGAGUAAAAGUAACUGAAAAUUGAAACUAAUUUGAAACUAACUUUGGAUUGUUUAAAAGAGGAUACUAUUGACUAUUACAAAUAGAAACUGUUUUCCCCUAGUGGAAGCCUUUGAAACUGGUUGAUUUACAAGAGUUGGACUAGGGGAAUUUCCAGCUGCAAGUUAAAAACCGUGAGACUCUGGGACUGACCUUGAAUCUUUCAAAUGUUAUGGUAAAUGGAAGAGGAAAAACAGACCAGUCAACUGUUGAUAAAACAUUAAGGUCUGGGAGGACUUGGUAACAAUCCAGGAGAGGUCUAUUAUUAGGCCCUCCUGUUCUUUUUUGUUGCUGUCUUUGUACUAGUAUAUUUGAAACUAAGAGGAAUGUCGACAGAAGAGGCUUUGGUGGCUGCAUUAUAUAAGAUAAAGGACUCAUUGGAUCAGCUUCACAGGAAAAUGGACAUGAUAAAUGCGAAAGUGGAUGUUUCAAUUGUUGAGGUUGACUUGAAUGCAGGGAGUAUGGACAAUACCAAUACAGAAACCACCCAGAAAUUGAUACAAGAACCUAUUUUGAUAUGGCAAGCUGUGGAGGAAGUCAAGGAAAAAGCUGUUGCUGUAGAAGGUACAGAAACACAACUGGAGAGAAAGAGAAAGAGAGCCCCAGCCCUACAGAGGCAAUUUGAUGAACAUAAGUUGAUGCUCGCUAUGACUGAACUUAAGGAAAAACAGACGAAUUUGAGGAUUAGAGUUCACCUUUGGUGGACAUGCCCAAGGAUUAAGACACUCUGGGAGAUGAUUCAUAACGAAAUGAAAAAGGUAUUUAAAUAUACCCUUUUGAAGAAACCAGAGGCCUUUCUCCUGGGCAUGGUCGGUCAAUUGGUGUUAAAGAAGGAUAGAAUUUGUCUCAUGUAUGCAACAAUAGCAGCAAGAAUACUCAUUGUGAAGUACUGGAAGACACAAGAUUUAUCCAUUCAGGAAGAAUGGCAGAUGAAGUUGAUGGACUAUAUGGAAUUGGCGGAAACGACUGGCAGAAAUCCGAGACCAGGGAGAAGAGCUGGUGGAAGAAGACUGGGAAAAGUUUAAGACUAUUUAUAGAAAUACUGUAAAAAUAAUGAAUGUUUGAAAAAUGUUGGAAUGAAGUUAUAUGGCUUUAGUAGAAAUGCUAUAAGGAAUCAAGUAUAAAUAGAUUAAUAGUGUAUUAAAGGGAAAAUAAGGCUAGAAUAUGUCAAGAUAAUUAUAGGAUAGAAAACAGAGGAAGAUGGAAAGGAAUUGCUGAAAUAAUUAAUAGAAGUGGAAAACAGAAAGGGAGGUGUGAGGAGGUCGUGGAAAUAAGGGAAUGAAAGAUAAGACAUUGAAAUUGUUCUGUGUUUGAAAUGGUUUGUGUCAUGCUUUGUUAGUUUUCUGUUUUUCUGUUUUGUUUUGUUUUGUUCUUUCUUUCUUUUUUUGUCUUUCUGUUUUGUUGUGUUUAAAUGGUUGAAAAUUAAUAAAUAUUAUUUAAAAAAAAACAAAAAAAAACAAAAGCAUGUCAAAGUAGAUAAAUAGGUACCGCUCCGGCGGGAAGGUAAACAGUGUUUCCGUAUGCUGCUCUGGUUCGCCAGAAGCGGCUUAGUCAUGCUGGCCACAUGACCCCAAAGCUGUACGCUGGCUCCCUCGGCCAAUAAAGCGAGAUGAGCGCCGCAACCCCAGAGUCAGUCACGACUGGACCUAAUGGUCAGGGGUCCCUUUACCUUUACCUUUAGAUACUGUUGGUCAGCCCCCCUCCAUCAGCUGUAAUCAGCAUGGCCAAUGGUAAGGAUGACGGCAGAUGCAGUCCUGCAACAUCUGGAUGCUUCACUGGUUUUCUAGUCCUGGUCUACAGAGCAUGCAUAAUUCAGGGCUGUGAUCCUACAUGCCCUAUAUAGAUUCACCUUUUGCUCUUAUAUUGUCACUCAAGUGCUGAGCGAUCCUUUAAUGUGCAUGCCUGUGGACGGAAGGAUUUCUUUAGCUAGGAACUUUCCUUUCUUUAGCUAGGAACAGGAAGAGGGAACCUGUGCCUCCCCCCCAGAUGCAAUGAUCCUGCAAGUCCCAACAUCACCCACCCCUACAUUACUGCAUCAUGUCCAAGAUAAUAAAUUCCAAUAUAUGACAGCACUUCUGCACAUCGUCUCACAUUAAUUAUUUUGAACAGUGGAAAGGUGCCUUUUUCCCCAUUAGGAAACUCAUUCUUUCUCCAGGAUACAAUUUUCGUUCAUUUCACCCAUAUAGGCGCAUAUCUUUGCAAAAUGUCUACCUUAAAAAAAAAUCAAUAUAGUAUUCUUGCAUAUUUGAAUAAGGCAUUAGCAUUCUUAUUAAGAACUUUGGGCAAUCCAGGCUAGUGAAUUUAUUGUCCUUAAUGUUAUCCAUGAGAUUGCAUUUUCUCACUGACCUCUUGGGCUCAUCCAUGGAACUGAUGAACAGUGAUUUUAUUACUGUAUGCAUAUUUCUCUAUUCUUAAUUAAACUUUUUUUUUUCCAAAUUCCCAUUUAAAGUUUGGGGAUGUUGAUAUUUAUUCCUAUCUAGUUUUAAAAGUACUGGGGUAAUUCCGUGCAACCCUACCAAUCUUUGAAAUAAAAUAACUUUUCAGCAGUAUAAUUUUAAACUACUGAUGUGCACAGGUAAUUUCCCAUGAGAGAUCUAAUGCUUCUCUUUAAUCCUUUAGAACACCCAAUGGGACUCAGAUUAAUGGGACAAGAUGGCCAGUCUUCACCACCGCUGAACAAAAAUACUUAACAUUAAGCACAGACGCUUCAAAGAUUCGUACAAAAUUACGUGCCCAGCAGUGCCGAUUCUGGAAUAUAUUUUUUCCCAAACUCCUGGAGAUGACAGGUAAUUUUGGUGGCAAAUGUAUGUAUGUACAGUAAAUUGGUUAAUGCAAGGUCACUUUGCUGCUACUAAAUUUUAAUUUCAAUUUCAAUUUCAAGGCAUUUAUGAGCAAGAACUAUCUGUGUAAAAUUAAAUCCAGAGGUCCUUCAAAAAAGACAACCUCUUUCACUUAACUAACACUCCUCCCCCCCCCACAAUCAAUUUGUGUAAUAUAUAGUUUUGUGCAAGUUUUACAUGCUCUCUUCAGCUUCAUUCACAUAAGAUUUGUUGUCCAUUCCAUGAGCACAGUCUGCUGAGAACAUCUGCUGCAUGAGCCCCGUUGAAAUGAAAGGGUGAAAGAACAGCUGCAUUCCUACACAGAUUCCAUUCAUUUCAAAAGCAAAAUAUGGAAGUGUGAUAGUCCCUUGGAAUCAAACCCUACCAAGAUCAGCUGGACUUUCAUCUUAGUAAGGGUGCUUAAGGUUACAGCCAGGGAUGGGUGGAAUCUGUCAUUUCUUUUUCAGUAAUUAAGCCAAAACUUGAACUAGUUGCAGACUUUACUUUGUAAUAAAUUUAGGCUGAAGUGCAAUCUUAGAAGCAGCAAUGAUGAGCCUUCUAAAAUGGGCUGAACUUCUGGCUUGUCAGGACUACUUCAGGGUUUUUUUCCUACUAGAAAUCCAAGAUCCACCCACCAAUGGUAGGUGUAAAAACCUUUAGAAUAAAGAACAGGGUGUCAUUGCAUCCAAUGAAGCCAUUAUGCUCACAGAACACCUUCUGUUCACACAAUGGAAAUUCCUGUCCCUCUCGCCUCCUCACUCCUGCAGGUCCACAGAUCUUCCCCAGAAGAUUCCAUUGCACAAACAGACAUUGUAGUAAUGGGUAAUGAUAGAGUUAUGAACUGUCUCCAGUUGUAAGGGGUUGAAGCUAAGGCCCCAUCUGCACUGUAUAUUUGAAGCACUAUAAUACCACUUUAAUCAGUCAUGGCUUCCCCCAAAUAGUCCUGAGAACUCUAGUUUGUUAAGAGUGUGGAGAGUUAUUUGGAGACCCCUAUUCUCUGCACAUAAGGGAUGCGGGUGGUGCUGUGGGUUAAACCACAGAGCCUAGGGCUUGCCGAUCAGAAGGUCGGCGGUUCGAAUCCCCAUGAUGGGGUGAGCUCCCGUUGCUCGGUCCCUGCUCCUGCCAACCUAGCAGUUCAAAAGCACGAAGUGCAAGUAGAUAAAUAGGUACCGCUCCAGCGGGAAGGUAAAUGAUGUUUCCGUGCACUGCUCUGGUUCAACAGAAGCAGCUUAGUCAUGCUGGCCACAUGACCCGGAAGCUGUACGCCGGCUCCCUCGGCCAGUAAAGCGAGAUGAGCGCCGCAACUCCAGAGUUGUCCGUGACUGGACUUAACGGUCAGGGGUCCUGUUACCUAUUCUCUGCACAGAGAUACAAUUCCAAGAGUUCUCUGAGCCUACAAAAGUGAGUAAGCUGUAAGAAGUUAACAGUGACAAUGGCCACAAGUUUAGGUUUCAUUUUGGGUUUUUUAAAAAAGAAUUACACAAAUUUGUGGGAUAUAGAUCUGUUACUAGGCAUUAGCCAUGAGAGGCCAGUUAGGACGUUCAUAAGUAGAGGCAGUGCUCAGUAUUGCAUAUCUGUUUGAGAGGUACCUAUACCUGGGCCCAGAACUUUAUACAAAGUGUGAACGAGCUGCUGCAACAUCUUCAUCUUAUUUCUCUUUGGUAUGCUUCAAUUCUCUUGUGUACUUAUACUCAACCAAGUGGCACAUGUCAUAUCUUUAUAUUGUGUUUGGGAUUGUCUGUAUCUCUGACAGCGAAAGCUAACAAAUAAGCUGGCUUUGGUUGGUUGGUUUUUCAAAUAGCUGUUAUGCGUAAGGCUUCCUAGUGGGGAAAGAACAUAGCCAUCUUCAUCUGACACAUUGUUUUCCAUUUGACGUCUGAGAGAUUUUAUCAUCUCUUGCAUCAUGACAUCCCAUCAUAUGUAGGAUGUGGGAGACAUUCAAAAACAAGCAUCCUGUGUGUGUGUUAUGUGUGAACCUGGACCAGUUUCAAGCAAGAUGUGGGUAUAUCGUGAAUCUGACGAAAUGUUCCUUGUGAUCAUCUGAUAUUACUCACGGAAAUCAUAACUGAAGACACCAUCUGUUUGGAGGAUGAUAUUGACGAGCAACUGUGCUGCAUGUAACCAAAUGUUCUGUGAAAUAACCAAUAUCAGUAAGAUAUGCUUCUGUGUUACAUAAUAGGCCAGUAAAAUAAUCUCCAGUAAUGGGGACAUAAAAUGAAAUGUAGUCUAACUCGAUGGGGUCAAUCCUAAAGCAAGAUCUGCUGAGAUGAACAGCAUAGACUGCAGUAGAUCUCCAACUCAACUGGCUGAGUCCCAUCUGAGCUCAGAUGGCAUUAUGUCCCCAACCCCAGAUGAGCUGAAGGUACUCUGGCAUAACUUGCUCAUUCAGGCAGGUGUUAGUUCCCCAAAGGGGUGGCGGUUCUGGGGAUGUGUUGGGCAAGUGGGACUGAGGGGGCCUUAGGCUGGAUCCUGAGCCCAUUCGGCUUAGUGACAUGACCUGGCAACCUGGCAUAGGACACUGCUUUAAAGACUUGUUUUCCUUCUGCCAGGCUUAGGUGGCGCAGUAGCUGCAGUCCUACUCUUAAAAAGUUCUUGGAUCUGGUGUAACUUUAUAGCAGCUCAAACUAUACUGGCUUGCUUUAUGCCAGAUUCUUGUGCAUAGGAUUGCUCCCUAAAUGUUGCAGAUAUCAAUAUUGCGCAACUUGAAGUGACUGGAUGCAAAAAACAACAACCCUGACCCAUUAGAUUGUUCAAAACUUUACUUGUCGAACUUUCUUCAAAGCAGAACAAAAGCAUCAAAGAUACAUCCAAAUGAUUCCAUACAAUAUCUUGUGCAGUCUAGCACAGGCUCAUCAUCUUAGAAAUAAAAUAUGAAAUACUUCAAACAGAUCUAAAAUAAGAGGUUUGUCUCUCCUUACAGUUUCCAUUUUGCCUGGAGCUGUAUUCACUCACUGGAGAGGGUCAUUUACAUGUCCUUACUUCCAUAGAGCAUGAGAACCAAGAUGAACUUGCAAUUCAAUACCUCUCAUGUGAUCUAAGGUUAAAACACCACGUCAGAGCUUCCAGAGAGCAAUAACAAUAGAUAAUUAUCAACCUGUUUAGGCAGCUCAGAGAGCUAUUCUUGACUGGAUAAUAUUAUGGAUGCUUACCCUAUUCCUAUUUCAUAUCCUACAACUAAGGCUGAGUACGUAGCAUACAUUUAAAGCUCAUUCCCUCCAAAAUAAUCCAGGAAGCUGUAGUUUGUUAAGGGUGCCGUGUGAGGGGUAAAUUACAGGUCCCAGGAUUCUCGCAGGUGUGGUGAGUGCUUUAACUGAUUUGCUAUUGUUUGUGAUAACAGGGCUGUUUCUCAGUGCUUGUUAUUGCAUAUUCUUAGUGACUCUGUACAGCUGCUUUGUUGUUAGCAUCCGUCUGUCCCGGGAGACAAUGGAGGAGUGAGCCUUUGAGGGUUAAGUCAAACUGUUGAAGAAUUGCAGCGCCUGCUGUGGCUGUAGAGACCGAUAUGGGAGAGACAUGUUUUGUUUCACCUGAGGCAGAUGAAGGUUUUCCGGUUUUGCUGCCACAGGUGCACCAUGGAGUUUCAUCUCCCUAUACUCCUCACAGUGGUUAUUCAUCCUCUGGUCACUGCUUUGGAUACAUGGACCUGAUUGUCUGUUUCCACCUGUUUUAAUUAUCAAACAUACUGAACAAAUAAGACUUUUCUUUUUCAGGUCCAUUUUGACUUCUGUUUUGUUUGUUUUUAACACAUUGUUGCUAUAUUUGGGACACUGUUCUGCAACUGGGAAUAGGUGAUGAAUUUAUUUGUUUUGUUUCCAGAAGGAAAUCCAUUCCGUCUCCCUUGUUCAAAGAUGGGGAAACUGUGACCUUCCAGGUAUUGUUGGACUACAGUCCCUAUCAUCCCUGACCACUGACCAUGCGGUCUGCGGCUUAUGGGAGAUGGAGUCCAACAUCAUUUGGAAGGCCAUAAGGUCCCCAUCCUAAUUAGAAGCCAAUAUCUGUAUCCAAGUUACUAGGUGCCUAUCCAUUAUACACUGCUUGGAAAAUGUCAAAGGGGUGUAAAUAUUGAAAAUGAAAUUCCAUAUGAUACUCUACAUUGAUCUGUAAGAAUAAUUAUUCACUUCAACCGAUUAUCUCAAGAUCUAGAGAUAAAAUGUUGUCCUUUCGAAUUUGCAAUAAAUCAGGUGACAAAGGGGAGGGUGUAGUGCUGUGUAGUGUAUUUAGAGGAAAAUGGCAUUGGUAAUCAGAAUUAUUUUUCAAUUAAUGUACAAAGAGAUUUAAAUUUAGAUUAAUGCCACCCAUUUCAUGUUUUACAGGCAAUAUUGAUGAAGCAGAACGAGAGUGGAAAGCAGGAUUCCUUCGCUGGAACAAUUACAUGAUGGACUGGAAAAAUCAAUUUAAUGAUUACACUAGUAAGAAGGAAAGCUGUGCAGGUCUCUAA